UUGGGUGCUUCUCUUCUUCACCAUCUCUGCUGCUGCAGCAAUAAUAGAUGGAGCUGCACAGAUGGAGCUGCAGAGCCUCGCUGAGUGCAUGCAAAAGCCCAAAGUUCCCAUGCAUUAGCGCGCACCCGUGCAGCCGCUGCCUCUCCCGGGUGUCGGGUCGCCGGUAGCUUCGGCUUCUCUGCAGGGCUGCAGGGCUGCGCAGCUCCUGACUGACAGAGAGAUGAGGGGUGGGGACGCAGGGUGGGGUCACAAGCAGGGAGAGGCGGAGGAGGAAAAGGCAGAGAGAGAGAGCCCAGCCCUUGAAUACACGGCAACAACACGCCGUCAGAGAGAGGGAGAGACUCAGAGAGACUGGCUGUUUUUUGGGGGGAGCACAGGGAGGCUUCGACGCUGCGGACAUGAACUGAACAGAAACACUGGAAGAGGCAGGGAUCGUGAAGCAAUAUCCCGAAAUCUGACUGUCAAGGUGGAAAUCUAGCCCCCCCUAACCCUCCUCUCUCCCUCACAGUUCUUAUUCAGAUAGAGCUACACCCAAAGCCCCGGCCGACCCCCUCCUGCUCCUGCUGCUCCACCCCUCCGUUCGCUGCACCGCUCCGGCAACCGAGAUGCACACGGAGACCCGUAACAAGAAAGUAAGUGCACCUUAUUGACUUUGCCCAGGUCAAUGGAGAGAGAAACAUCUGUGUGUGAUGAUCAGGAUCACUGACACUGUCAUGCGCCAAAGAAAGACGGACUGUCAGUGAGGAGAAAGGUCCACAACAGACAACUGAGGCAGGAGGGCAGGCGGUUUAUUUUGCAAUUACUGGACGAGUUUUGUAACAACGACCUUAAUGCAUUGCAAAAAAAACAUCAUGCUGAAGCCACCGUCUUGUCCAUGUUUCCUACACAAACAUCUGUGUCUCCUCUCUCUCUCUCUCUCUCUCUUUCUCUUUCUCUCUGUGUCUCUGUGUGUGAGGUUAGCUCAGGUCCAAUUUGAAAUGCUCUGUGAUCUCAGGGAGGCAGGAAGGAAACGGAAGGCAGAAACUGCAGCUUGUAGGACACCAUCUUAGCUUUUAAAGGGCCAGCAGCCUCUCCUGAAACACAAACACAGCCCUGGGAAGCAGCCAGGUGCACUGCCUCCAGAUAGAGCUGCUGCUGCUGCUGAAGAAGAAGGAGAAGGCUUGUGCCUUUAAAUGGGUCCUGCCUCAUCAGAGUGUGUUUUUAUGUCAGUUUGGUUGGCAGGAUAUUCAAAACCAGUCCAUGAGAUCAGACUGGAACAGAAAGAGGGGGGGGUCCUGUUUGAAGGUUUGCGUGAAAGAUGACCGGAUCAGGACAUUUUAGUAAAGAACUCCCAAGUUUCACAGAGAGUGAAUCUUUGUCCUCCGCAUGUGUGUGACAGCCCCCCAAAAACUAUUGAUGUGUCUCAGGUUUGAACUUGAGGGGUCAGCUUAAUUGAUUUUAGUCACGUCCCGUAAAACAACAAGGACCCUUGGCUUUGUUUUUACUCAUCUUUGCAGCUGUUUUUAUUUCCUAUAACCUGGUUUUGAGCGGGUGCUAACCAGAGUUCUUCUUUUUGGAUGAAACUUCUGAACGUCUCCAUGAAUUUUUAAAUUCUAUUAACUUUGUAAGAACUUUAAAAUGAAUUUCUCACAUCUUCAACCAGUUUAUAAAUAUAAGUUUUUGUUGUCAGGUGGUUUGUCUAUGAGAAAGUACAAGGGCUAACGUUAGUUCGAUAUUUAAGGCUACGUUCAUACUGCAGGUUCUGAUGCACAAUUCAGAUUUUCUUUUAAAUCUUUUUGUGCGGUCGUUCACAUUACAACAACGAAUGCGACAUCUAAUGUGAACGGAAUGCAUCCGUGAAGUGACCCACAUGCGCACUAAUUGCUUUCUGGCGACGUUUGUGGCAUAUUGAUGACGUAUAGAUCGGAUGAACGCGACCUGAGCGUCUACACUGCAGUCACAUCGGAUACAUAUCUGAUUUAUAUCCACAUACAAAAGAGGCCUGGGUUGGAAUAGAACAAAUGUGUCAUAUUUAGUUAAAAAAUCGGAAUUGACCUGCAGUCUGAACAUAGCAUAAGUUGACCCACCGUACACAGUACAGUUUGUUUGCCGCUUCAAUGUUCCCAGAAGACAGAAGUCAUUUAUUGUUUCACUUUUCUGAUUCUGGCUGGUUAGAGGAAGACCGGCGAAAUGCUUCAAAGAUGGACACUCAGCUAUUUCUCCUCCAUGAAUCCUGAGGUGUUUCAUCAUGUUGGUCGUUCUUCCUCCUUUACAUGAUGUAACUGUGUUGAUAAUGUUGCUCUGAGUUAAGAGUUCAUUCUUCCCGCUAAAGUUAGACAAACUUUUGACCACCACUGCUGUGGGUUGCACUGCACUCUCUCUCUCUGUGUGGCCUCGUCCUCGUUGGUGUUUGGCGGCGUCUUCUUCGUUGGUGUUAAGCGGCGUCUUUCUCAUUGGUGUUCGGCGGCUAUUUCUUCCGAUCUGCAGACUCUGGCAUCGAAACUUUGAAUCAAGUUUUAAAAUUUGUUCUGGGAGAUCGGAAUGUUAGUCCUGAUCUCCAUCAUUGAUCGAGACUCCAUACCCGACCCUAAUUAUCAUCAGGUGUUUCUUCAUGUCCAUAUUGAUGCUUUUUGGUGAUAUACAAAAACAGACAAGGCCAUCAUUGACAAGACUGACGAUUUAAUACUACAAUUAGGGCUGGGCGAUAUGGUAAGUCGAUAUAUAUCAUGAUAUAAGAAAUGAAAUUUAACAGUGUUUAUUGGUGUCGGCUCCACCUGUUAAAGUGCUAUGGUUGGGUGUAGCUGCUGUCUGCUACGUCGCAGUUGUUUGAUACUUGGUUCUAGUUCAGUACAUGAUUGGUUCAGAGUGAAGCGGACCUGGAGCAACUCCCCUUUUCAUUGGCUAUUCUUAUCAUCUACUAAAACAUGUCAGAGUGCCGACUAUCGGAAAAGAUAUUGACCAUGUUUUAUAUCGAUAUCGGGGGGGAAAUAUUUAUAUUGUUAUCGUUUUAUCACCCAGCCCUAACUACAAUAACAAUAACGAUGUGUCAGAGGGUAGUAGUCAGCAGUGACGAAGCAGCCCUGUUUUUCCAUAUUCACAGAACUUAUUCACAGUUGAUCAAACAUUUGUCUAUCAGGAGUCAGCAGGAUGAGAUUGUUUGUUAGGUGCAGCUAGAGGACGAUACAAGCUAAGACUGCUAUUACCUGUCGAUCACAAAUUAAACGCCGGUACCACAUGAUCCAGUGAACAUUAAAAUGAUUUUCUCAAACACUUUUCCUUGUCGGCUUGAGUCUCCCUCUGCUGGCCGUCAGAAUGACUGCAGGCACUUUUGCAUUGCAAAAUCCAACCAAUCCAACUCUGAGGUUGCAGGCCCCCCUCCUUAUAUCCUAGUCCUUGACUCAGGUGGUUGGGGGCUCAAGUAGGCGUUGCAGGUGUUGCAGGUGUUAAGAAUGCAGCUUUUCACAGGAUCACUCCUUCUCCUGCUCUUCUAAAUGCCUCUUAUUUCCCCCUGAGCGCUGCCAGAGCCGCCUCAGCUCCAGGUGGAGGUGGAUUAGCAGAGUUAGGGAGUUGGCUGCUCGCUGUCGAAUCUGUAUUUGGUUCAAAGUUUGUCGGCCUGAGGGAAAAACAUGGGAAUGCUUUAGUCAAUGACGAAGUGAAACUAUUGUAUGAGCCUAUAGCCAUGUGACUGUGGAGGGCCUGCACUGUAUUCAACCAGAGCAGCCGCAGUGAGUGGUUUUCAGCCUGUAAUAGAAUAUGAAAAGUGUUGUCAUGACUUCUGUUUGCAUUUAUGAUUAGCCUCUAUGACUCUAUUAGAUACAACAGGGGUAUUUAUGACGUGUGCGGCGCGCUCACUAACACAGUCAGCGCACAUGAACAUCAGCAUCUGAGUCACAAGCGCUUCGUUUGCCAAAUACAGUAAAUCUGCAGGAAUUCGCAGCCGGAAUUUCACUGCAACAGAAAACUCUGAAUCUGCAGUUAUUUUCUAACACAGUAACUGUGAGUGUUACAGUUACAUGAUAUUCACGCAGUCAUCUGAGGUUAAAAGACCUUUAAAAGCCAAAUUUAAGGCAGUGGGAUGAGGGGGAAAUUCAGCAUUUCUCACUCGUAACCGUCAGGAGGGAGAAUUAUUUAUUGCCCCUCAACUUUAAAUGACCCUGCAGUUCAGAGCUGUUGUCAAAUGUGUAAAAUCGGGUAAAGUGCUGCUGUGUUUGGAGAGCAGUUCAGCCCCAGAUGCUGUUUAUAUGCUGUGAGAUUAUUUCUACGCUUUUUUUAAGGAGCUUGGGCGCAUGAGUUGGGAUCGCAGAGGUCUUCUAUCGGAGCGUUACGUCAGCGCUGAUGUUGAACCAUUUAACAAAAAAGCUGUUUAUUUGUCAGUGGUAAACCAACGAACACUCAGUCCAUUAAAUGAGGGUCAUCCUUGUGAGUACGUACAAGAAUUACUAGUUAAUAAAAGACAAAAUAUUAAUAUUUUGUUAUCGUAGGCCUGAAACGGCAGCAGUUUCUCAUCUAAGCCGAAGCACAGCUGCCUUUCACUUUCUGGAGCUCCUACCAGAAUAUUAUGACCCUCAGGUGACAGGUGGGGUCUGGUUUUGUGUCUCACUUCUGUCAGUAUUUUGAGCUGGAGAUUAAAGAUUAAGUUGUGUUUAGGUUGGCGGUGCUAGCUCUGCUGGUGGUCGCCACACUCUCCGCUUUGACAAGUUUAGCCGACAGAUUAUUUGCUCCUUAUUUCGCUGCAGUUUGUCUGUUUUCUGAGUUUUUUUCUUUAACCUUUGAAUCAUUAAUUUUUACUAUUAAAAUUAUAAUACAAUAGAAAAGGCUGCAACCUUUUCAGCUGCAGGUUUUCGCUGCGCUCUUUUGUGUCACCUGGAUCUUGACUUUUACUCGCUGAUUUGUUUUGUCGUGUUUAAAGACGAGGUUUAGUUUGAAGAUGAGGAUUUUCAUUGUUUCCUAAUCGCUUUACUUAAAAACACCACCCACAACAAGUUGUGUUUAUCUUGUUUUCUUUCCUGCUAUCUUUCUUUCCGUUGACCUUUGACCCAGAUGACUGUUUUUUGACUCUGUGGGAGCGGAAAUCAAUUUCCUCCCCUCACAGUUCGGGCUGUGCAUUAUUGGAAGUGUAGUUAACUGAGCUUUCCUUCUGUAACUCAGGGGCUUAACUGAGCAUGCUCCACACUUGGUGUGUGUGUGUGAGAGAGAGAGAGUGUGUUCUGUGUGCGAGUUGGGGAUCAGCUGGGCGGUGGACGUGAGAGCAGGGUCAGCUGUACAUUCCUGGGCAGGGCAUCAGCAGCAAAGGGCCCUUGAAUACAAAGUCUGCUGUGUGUGUGAGAGAUGGUGUGUGUGUGUGUGUGUGUGUGUGUGUGUGUGUGUGUGUGUGUGUGUGUGUGUGUGUGUGUGUGUGUGUGUGUGUAAUAGAGAGAGAGAGAGGGCUGUUGCUCCUCAGUUUUUAAUCAUUAACUCUCCUGGACAAAGUUUGACUGAACCUCUGAUGAUCCAGAUACUGUGUGUGUGUGUGUGUGUGUGUGUGUGUGUGCGUGUGCGUGUGCGUGUGCGUGUGUGUGUGUGUGUGUCGUGGUCUUCUUCACUGAACCUCACAUAUCUGACUGAGUUGUCUGACUUGACAUGGGUGGGGGGUUCAUAACCAGCCAGCUGUUGCCAGCGUGUCACCUCAGCCUCGUUUAAAGAGCGUAUUAAACACGGUCAGAGUGAAACUCCUGAUCGCUCGACUUUAACGUCACAUCUUCAGAUUUACUUUAAAGUGUCUUAAAUCUCAUCAGUAACUUUUUUCACCCACACAAAUGUGCUGAUAUUUUUGCCGUUGUCGAGUAGAUUUAACCGCGCUGCUGUUGUUAUUCCCGGUUAUGGAGAGUGAGAAGACACCGGUAGAUCCUCAGAAAAUGUCCGUCAGAUAUCCAAGUAUAGUACAAAUAUGAGUGAAACAGUCACACUGUCGAGCCCUGUAACUAGAACUCCAGCUGUAUCGAAGUCAGUCCAGUGCGCCCUCAUGUCUCGGUUAUUUGUAAUUCGGAUUAUCUGACAUACACAAGGAGUUAAAGAUUUAUAAAAAUAGAAGAAUAUAUUUAUUCAGUUUAAAGAGUAGAGUAAGCGCAAAGUCACAAAACAUCUGCAGUCUGGUCAUGUAAACAGUUUCACACAUGAAUAACUGUAAACGUGUAAACUCAGUGAGAUAAGAGUGACGGUUAAAAAGGUCUCAGAGAGGACAUGUUUGUUUAUUUUAACGUUUAUUUCCUCUCUUUUAUUUCAUGAGUGAAGUUUUCUUAAAAAGUGUUAAAAAACGUCUCGUUUUAACGUCGUCUUGUCAAUAAUCCGCUGGUAUGCUUACACUGACUUAAAAGAACAAUAAAACUGAUGCAUUAUGGGAGAGGAAACAAAACACACAUUUCUUAACCAACUGUGGUCUAUUAUAGAUCAAGUCACACUUCCCAGCAUGCAACAGUGUCUUUUCUUAGCUUGAAAAAUUGAUUCCAGAGUUCCUAUUGUUGCUCACGCCGCCCACACACACACUCACACACACACACACACACACACACACACACAAACACACACGUGCAUGUUCUUGUCUUCUGAAUGAAGUCAGUCCACCGUCUUUCAUUGUGAAAGUUUGUGUCUCUUAUUGAACGUCGUUUUUAAAUCAAUAUCGUCCUCGUCUGAACUCGCUCUUAUCGGUGUGAAUUCUGCACUUUUGUUCGGGUUUGAACCGUCAGCCGGGACAGGAGGAGGAGGAGGAGGAGGUUGUUGUUGGUAGAGAUAACUGCAGCACACUUAGGAGUAGAGGGAGGUGAUGAUCUUUAUAAGAAAGAAGUUUGCUUAUUUGUCCUGAUGUAGAAAUACUCUGGGUGUGCAGUGAUCAUGUAAAGGGACUCGUGUUCUGACCCAUGCCUCGCCGCCUGAGCCCGGGGCGCUCUUUCAAACCCGCUGUGAGAGUUUUCCAGGUGGUGAGGAGGAAUCGCAGCUAACCGGCUCACUGCACUUUUCCAUUUUCCGUUUUAUGCGGUGCUCAUAUUCGGAGUAAUUUACGGCACGUUUGGCGGUACAAUAAGCCUCAGAUCCUUGAUCACCGACAUUAAAGGCGGGGUCAGGGACGAGGGGAAGGAGGCGGUUGACAGGAAUGUACCUGCGAGCGCCAGAGGAGGGAGGCAGGAGAGUUUUUAUGAGGUGAAGACGUGGACGUGUUUCCUGGUGUGAUCAAUAUCAGAGAUUUUCUGAUUGUGGAUCAGGUGGUGGACUAAUCCAGCUGAGGAGGAGACGCGUUAGUUCGCCAGCUGGCGGUCUGGAUGUCUGUGCGAGCCUAUGAAUGAGUGUGUGUGAGUGUGUGAGUGUGACAGAGGAGAUAAAUGAGAGCGGGGUACAAGGAUCCCAUAUGAGGAAUGGUUGGGGUGUGUUAGGGCCGACACAAAGGUCACUGCAGGCGGGUGGUGUUAUGGUGGGGUCAUUCAGUCAGCUGAAUCACCGACAAUUAAGAGGAAGCAGGUUGUCUGAGGAGCAGCGGAGAGGUAAAUGUCAGAUCUGUGCUCAUAUUAGUCAUCGUACCCUCACAGAAGCAGACAGAGCUGCACCAGGAUGGAGGUUUUUCACAUCCUCGUGGUUUUAAUGCAAAUUUAAAACAGUUUUAUACUGUAACAUCUGCUCGGACACCUGGUUAAACUGUGUGAAAGAACAGUCUUCGUCAGGUAAACGACCAUCAGCUUUGACCACGUUAGAUCAUAUACCGAAUCCUCUGUUUACCCAAAGUCGGCCUGGACUAGUCCGAGAUUCUGACGGUGUGAUAACCUCGAGCAAACAGGCGGAUCGGUGGAUAACAUGUAAACAAAUAACCACAGGAAGUCCUUUUUAGUAAAUCAAAUGUAAACAAAGUGCCCUGUGGUUGUUUUCUAAGUGGAUCAGAUGUAAUCGAGCGGUUUUUGGUUGUUAAAUAAAAUGUAAACUAAGGACCCUCUGGCUGCAUUUUUAACAUCUUAAAUGAAAACAAACAGCCCUCUAGUUGCUUUUUUUGUACCGAUAAGCAACAAAGUUCCCCUCUUGUUGUAUUUUAAGCCAUUAAAAUGUAAAUAAGGUGCAGUGUUGGUGCUCUUUUUAGUGAUAAAUUCAAAAACAAAGCAUCUUUGAGUGGAUAAAGUGGAAAUAAAGCACCUCUGUUUGCUUUUGAGUUUGUGAAAUGUAAACAGAGUGCCGCCUGGUUUCUCUUUGACUGACUAAAUUGUAAACUAAGGACCCUCUGGCUGCUUUUUUAGCAUCUUAAAUGAAAAAAAACAGCCCUCUAGUUUUUUUUUUAUGAUAAACAAUAAAGCUCCCCAUGUGUUGUAUUUUUAGUGAACGAAUAUGAAACAGAAGCAUCUUUGAGUGGAUAAAGUGGAAACAAAGCACCUCUGUUUGCUUUUGAACAUGUGAAAUGUAAACAGAGUGCCGCCUGGUUUCUUUUUCACUGACUAAAUUGUAAACUAAGGACCCUCUGGUUGCUCUCUGUGCCUGUUUGUUGCUCUUUUAUUGUUCUGUGAUUUCGUCUUUAUAAAAGAAAGUGUUUAUGAAGAACCCUUUUGUUGCACUUCCAGUGGUUUAACUGUAAAUGAAGUGCCCAGUUGGUAUUUUGACCCGGUCAUCUGGUCUCUGUGAAUGAUCCGGUUAUACUAAACCAGACUGCAUGUCUUCUGAAGACUACUAAAAGUAAAGUCUCUGUAUUAUUGAUGCUCAGAGUUCCUGAUCGAGGGAAACUUAUCUGACGGGCAAACCUGGACCUCUAAGAUCACACAUAAAUCCAGCCGUGUCUGUAGGAGGGCUAACAGACCCUGUCGCUCUGGUUCAGAGGAGCAGCGAAGGUGUCGGGGGAGUUGUUGGAGUCAUAGCGUCUUUUUUUUCCUUUUUUUUUUUUCCGUGUUCGCUGGGCAGCCUUGCUCGGGCUGGUCUGCCCCGGGGCUCAGGGACUAUUUAUAGAGACACAGCACCGUUUAUAAGGCCGAGGCAGAACGGAGCGAGGUUGGCUCAGUCUCUUCUCCCAAAAUUCAACUCUGGACACACUCUCAGAUUACUUAUCGAGAAUAUGUUCACCGCCAUCUUCAUGUCUUCUUCAUCACUUUGUAGGUGACUCACUCCUGGACCUCCACAGUCUGGGAAUGCCAAACGCGGUGUGUUUGUGGUCACACCAUUAUUCCUUUGUGUGGAAUUGAGUUUGGUUGGGAUUUAGUGCAAAUUGAAUUUGAAUAGCUGGCUGGAUGAAGCGUAAAUCAGAUUCUGUUGCUGAUUCCUCCCCUUCCAGACUGUCUGCAUGUCCUCCUCCCUUCCAUCUGUAACUCUCAUGUCAAUCACCGCGGCAGGAAAAGCAGGAGGUUGGUAGAAGCUUGUGAAGAAGGUGUCGGAUGAGUCGUAGAGGGAUAAAAACCGUCCUGUUUGCACACAGACAUGUAAACGCAGUGUGGUCGGCCUGGUGGCCAUCUGUGUUGACUAUACAUCGAAGUGACAGUUUAACUCUGUCUGUCUUAAUGUGCUAAUCUGUCAUCCGGGGAUGUUUCAUCAGACCAAAGCGCUCUGGUUUGCUGCCUGUUUCCUGAAAUACAUCCAAUCAUCAACUAUUUUAACCCUCAAACUGACCGCUUAGUUAUCACAGCAAAACAAAUACAAAUAAAUAAAUACAAAUAAAUCCACAGCUCCUCCUCCACAGCCACAGCCCCAGAUCAGUGUUGCCCACUCCUCAGUUAUGGAAAGCUGCUAGUGGCUGUCGCAAAAAUCUCUAGAAGUCGCUAGAUGACGUCAUCGCCUACUUUGCAUAAUUUCCUCAGUCAAACCCACUGGAAAUAAACGGUACUAACUCUUAGUCCUAGACUCUUUUCAUCAACAUUAUCAUGGUCAUGGUAACAGCGCCACCUGUCUGAAACCUGUGGUAAUCACACCCAUGUACAGUUCUGUAUUUGUUAUCGAUCUUGAAGGUUUUUUUUUACUGAUAAUGAUGAUUAGGUCGUUAAAGUCAUCAUCAGCUGCUGCUUUGACUUUUCUUCGUUAGCUCCAAGAAGACUGUCAGAAACUCUCGGACUCCGUUCUGACACUUUGAAGGCUUUAAAUCCGUUUUUGGAGAGUAUGUGGUUUGGUUGCUCUUCUUCUUCUUGUACCUUCUACUUCUCCUCAGGGUCUUGUCCUGUCCCAGAAUCAUCAGUUUGUUGCUGCUAACCUGUUUCCAGGUUCUUCACGGAGAGAGAAAGUUAGAUCAGCAUGUUUGGGUGUCAUGGUGGUUUAUUCUUUGACACAUUUCAUGAACUUGUGGUCCAUAAAGUUUCUGGCGGUCUUCUUCUGAUUCAGUAAGCAGACUUGUUUGUCACUUGUACUCGCAUUUAUAACUCUCAGGUUUGCUGGUCAUGUCUGUAAAAGCUGCACUUGAAUACAGACGGUCAUGCAUGACAGGGAGUGAGGACCAUUUGCACCCUGAUCUAACGUGCGUUUGACCCGUCACACCAGUCGGUCGGUCACAGUAUUUACUUGUGACCAUGAGUUUGACCAUUGAGCUGCACACACUGGGUGUCAGUGGGACUUCUUUGGCUUUUGCAGCCAGUGGACGAUAGUUGAUCUGCAGCUUUCUGCACUUCCAUUGACCAAUGUUUAAGCAUGUUUCUGGUGAUUCCGCCUUUGCACGUUAUCACUGCUCGACAAACGUUGAACGUCUUGCUGUUGUCGUCUUUCUUCGUAAAAUGAAGUCACGCUUUAGAUCGUGUCUGCCUAUUUCUCGUACCGACACCCAUGUUUUUUUCCUCCGAGUCUCUGUUCUUGUUUGCGUAGACUGGCUCUCGCUAGACCGUUUUUUCAAGUCAACCAGAGAAGAAAGGAAUGGUUAAGAUAAAAUGUAAAUGAUGUUGAUGGAUUGAACCGUCUGGAACCGGUUCUCAGCAAGAAUUUGGCAAAACCAAUGACGAGGGUUGGGAAAGGAACCCAAAUAACUGGCCGUUUCUUUCCUGCUUUCUUGGCACCCUUCUACAGAAAAUAAGGGGGUCUCUCCAAAGUAAAACAAACAAACAAACAGGGCUUUUACUUUGAAAAGCACUGUGCUAGUACAAUGAUGGUAUAUUUUUCAUGGUGGUGACACAAAGGAGUAAUACAGAGCAAAUACAGCCUUCAGCUUCUCGUUGUCAUGUGACUUUUUGGUCGAGAUCUGCAUGUCAGAGAGAGUCAACUGAAAAUCAAACCUGUUUUCCGUCUGCACUUUUUAAAAGCUGAAUAUCCGUACAUUUAUUUGUUUACUGGUGAGCCUGUUUUCCAGUUUACCGACCGCUCCACUCCCAGCUCGUUUAGAAGUCUUGGGUGUUGGCCUGGAGUUCACAUGAAGAGUCCUGAGCAGAAAGUCGCAGCGGCUCUAAUAGGAGCAGAGGAGUUUAGGUUUAUCUGAAGGUCAUAAAGCUGCUGGGAGUUUGUCAUGUGAGCUCCUGCUUCAGAAAGAGCAGCUUUGUUAAGACUCAGGCUUUUAAUACCUCAAGACUCUCCUCUCUCCAUGUCACAUCCAUUUUCUCUGCCCCGUCUUCCUCUUUGAAGGUUCUUCGUCAUCAGUCCGUUUGUGCUUUAUUCACCCCCUAAAAAAAAACACGAUUUAGAGGAAAGGCUGAUUUUGGUGAUAUACUGAUUUUCCGCUGCACUCAAACCAGGAGCUCUGAGAGUGAGUGUUUGUCCUCUUCAAUAUUCCUCCCUCUUCAAUGACUCUGGCAGCUCCGCUCGGCCGUUUGCAGCUUUAGCAUCUCCGCUCAUGAAACCACAACAAGGAGAGGAACUUGAAACCGCGGAUCAGACGAGCUGCUUACAAGCUUUGUAAAUCAUUCAGAGCAGGAAUGUGUGAAGGGUGUGAAUUCCACGGCUGAAAGAAAAGUUUCCUGCCCACAUACAGAACCCUGACAGGUAAUUGUGUAUAUAAACAUGCAGGCACAUCCUGGGUCUGGAGAUUAUAUCAGAGGAAGAAUAACUUUGACAUCACUCUGCAGGACUGCGAUUGUGAAUGUAUGAAUGUAGGUUUUCAAGUGUGUGUGUAUCAAACAUCAGGCUUUCACACCGACUCAAGUUCUGAGACUCUUAUUGACUAUGGAGACGCAGCAGCCUGCAUCUAAACGCCGCCGCUGUUUGGAGCGUGUUAGCCGUAGCGGUCCGAGACUUUCAUGAACUUUCAUAAAAUCUCUCGCAUUUAAAGAUGAUGGCAGACGAAAUAAACAUGGCGGUCAACCAUGGACGUAACUCACUUUUUCAAAAGUCCGUUUUGGUCCCCUGCAGUUUUAACCAUCUGAAAACAAUAUUACUUCACGCUAUAGCAAACCGAUACACGUCAGGCACUAGGACCAAACAGCCGCUCAAGCCGAAAACUGGUUUCCCUCAGUUUGGACCGCCGGCAAGGUCCUUGGCUGCUUUUUGUGUGAUUGGCUAUCCCUGCUGUCAGUCAUUCCACGCCCGCCGAACUCGUGUUUUGCAAGUUGCUCGUAAGAGUCAGUCCGUGAACAUCGCUACUCGCUUAGUUUACAGGAGGGCGGCGCUCAUUUUCCCUCUGUAAUGUCAUUAUGACCACGAUCAUUUCUUUAUCAUUUCCUUGAAGUAAUAAUCACCAUAUUAAUCAUUUUACAGACGCGGUAGUUCUUCUGUCUUAGCGUCUCGGUCUGAUUGUAUUUCCAUGAAGAAAUGAUCAUAAAUGUUCUUCCUUGAGCUGCGGCACCCCGCUGUAGUCCGUAAUGGACUGGCCUGAGGUCUCUCUACAAACAAGCGUCUGCUGGAAGAGAGGAGGUGAGUUGUGUUUAGUCUCUUUGCUAAAGAAAUGAGUCAAAGUUAAAAAGAUGUUUGGUGUCUAGUACUAUGUCUGUGACCCUAUAUGUCCUGUUGAUGAAGUUAGGUGCUGUUCUGAGCAUUAUUUGUGGCUAUAGAGUGGCGUUUUGGUUGGGGGCGUGGCUCUCUGUAUUGCUAUCCUUAAAUUAAUUUAACGCCGGAAUAUCCCUUUAACUUUGGAGAAACUUUCAGUCGGUCGGUGCGACUCGUGGAGCCGAACGUCAUGAUGUUUGCAGGAAAGUUGUGACUCUUUGUUCGUUUGACGAUGAAGGGAACAGGAACGGAGGAGCUUUGGUGCUGAAGUGUGUGUUUCUGUGUGUGUGUGUGUGUGAGUAUGUGUGUUUGUGUGUGUGUGUGUGUGUGUGUGUGUGUUAGCGUAUGAGUAAAGGCUCAUUAUUGGAGUUCAGUGUGUGUGUGUGUGUGUGUGUGUGCCUCGGGUGGGAAUGUGCCUGAGAAUUAUGUGAAUGAGUGUGUGUGUGCUGUGAUUGGAGGGUGGUGAGGGGUGGGGCCUGUUCAGCAUGUAUGUGUAUGUGUGUGUGUGUGCAUGCGCUUGUGUACACGCACAUUCUUGUCAUGGGGCUCUGGUGAAUGUUUGCAGCAUGCUAGUGUGUAUUUGUGUGUGUGUGUUUGUGAGGAUAUUGGCUGUGUCACCUCAGAUUAGGCCUUGAUGUGGCGGUGGCGGCGGCGGCGGUGGUGGUGGAGGAGAGUGACCCCCUACCAACCACGCCACAGUCAUUAACGGAGGGGGAAAAGAAUCUCGUAGCUAUGGCAACCACGUCCGCGCUGCCAAAACGGCCACAAUGAAAAGAAAAGGGGGACGUGGGAGGGGAGGGAGGGGGAGAAGGGGGGAGGGGGGAAGUGAAGGAGGAAGGAAAGGAGAAGAAAAAAGGUGGUGAAGGAGGGGAGGGGGUUGGGUGGAGAUGGAGGUGGAGAGGGUGUGUCUCCAACGUGAUAAUCAGGUCACAGUUUUAGAGGAGAUCCACAAACACACCGUCAGGAUUUACAGGAAAUCAAAUCAAUUUUAUUUCCACGCUGCUCUGAAGUGUGUCAUCGUCAUGGAGAUGAAACAGGAAGUGGAAACAAGGUGAAGAACAGGUGAUAAAGGUCGUAGGUCCCAUGACCACGAAGGUUUCCGUUCAACGAAACCCAAAACAUCCUCACCUCUCAGAAACUUCAACCUGUUUAUUUUUUCAUGUUUGGGUCUAAACUUCGUUAUUUUUAACACCAGAGUUCCUAAAAGAGUCACAACGCUUCGUUAAAUGUUGAUUAAAACAGACUUCGGUGUUUGCCAAUCACAAAUAUUGCAAAUACAACAUUUAUGGAGAAAGUUUACCCAGGAUUUCUACCGCAUCCUAUGAAAUCCGGCUUUGAAAAGGUUGUAUCCUCCGAUCGUAACCAUUCAAGUUAACGUGUCAAUUUACACCGACUUCUUUACGUUCCUCUGCGGAUCGCCGGACUCCUCAGCUGAUCACAAGAGUUCUAUUUUUUCUGGACGCCGGAGCAUGGCGGAUAAAUUCAGCACAGAUUUCAGGGUUGAGGUUGUAGAUCUGGACCACCAGAAUCUAAAAAACGUCUCUGACUGUUUAAAGAAAAGUGAAAUCACUACGUUUCCUCAUCUCCAGCCCUCUUCAAUAACACAGAGACGUCGUCUGAGUGAGAAAUUUAACAAACGUGUAAGUGACUGUUGAAAAACCCUCACUGAACCCAGACUCUGAAACAUGGAGGAUUGUGGGUCUUUUUCUGUGUUUUUCUGUAUUUGUAUCUGAGUGGUGAUCUUGUGUUUGGGGUGUGUUCACACCUGUUCUUUCAGUUUUCCGCUGUCGCCCUCAGAUAGUGAUGCUGUAACAGGCUGUCACACACACACACACACACACACACACACACACACACACACACACACACUGGCUUCCUUUUAGGGCAGUCGCAGCAGCAGACUGAGACUGCCUGGUGCUUACUGUAAAGUUUUGUGGAGGAGGGAAAAUGUUUCAGGGACAGUUUUUUUUUACCAGGGCAGAAGGUCCUGAGGAGUCCUCUUAAAUCUUUAGAAACGUUUUAGUCUCCUGAGAUCUAGACUCCGGUUAUCUCCUAAAUAUAAGGAAAACGUUAACUAUAACAUGCUAACAUGGACUUUAGUGGUCUCCUCUGUACUGGACAUACAGUCCUGUGUCUGAGAGGUUCAGAUAAUUACCACCUCAGCUGCAGAAGAACCUCCUGGACGCUCCUGACCUAAAUAUAAAAGAGGUUAUAAAAUGUUCUCUCUGGUUCCUUUUUCGUGGAAAAUUGUUUGAGUAGCUGCUCCUCUAGAGGAUAAAACAACCUGCCCUCUGGAUGUUCUUCUAGUUUCUAAACCUUAAACAUCUCCCUCUGGAUGCCCCUCCAGGCUGUUAAAUGUGAAAGAGCGUCCUAAAUGUAAAUUUUUUUUAAAAACCCUCUGGAUACACUUCUGGUGUACAAAAAAUUGAAAUAAUGUCCUCAGAAUGCUCUUCCAGUAAGAUUUACUUUAAAAAAGAGUCGUCUGGCUGUCCUCCCAGUAUAUGAAACAUCACAAAAAACAUCCUCUGGAUUUUCCUUAAGGAUGUGAAAAUUUUUAAAUUCUUCUUUGGAUACACUUCCGGUGUACAAAACAUUGAAAAAAAAACAGAAUGCCCUUCUAGUAAGAUUGACUUUUAAAAGUGUCCUCUGGCUGUCCUCCGAGUUCAUAAAACAUCACAAUCUGGAUGCCCCCCAGUAGAUACAAUGUUCAACAAAAAAGGUGCCCUCUGGAUGUAGUCACAAUGGAUAAAAUGUAAACAAGUCUUCUGGAUGUGCUUCCGUUCAUCAACCAUGAGAAAAAUGUGGCUUCUACCAUCCAGACAUUUCAGAAUUGCCCUUCCAAUAUAAUUAAGGUUUAAAAAGUUCCCCUGAUGAGUGUGUGUGUGUGUGUGUGUGUGUGUGUGUGUGUGUGUGUGUGUGUGUGUGUGUGUGUGUGUGUGUGUGUGUGUGUGUGUGUCUGCACGGACUCUCUCAUGUUUGAGGUUCCUCCUCCGGCCUGUAAGAGCUUUAAGUUCAGAGAAGUGCUCUAACCACAGCUCUGUGGUUCAGGCACGCUCGCUCAUGCAGUUAUAUGUGUGUGUGUCAGUGUGUGUCAGCGUGUGCAUGUGCACGCAUAUAUGUUGGGUCGGGGUAGCUUGUAUUUAAAUGACUGCAGAGUACUUAAACUUGGUCUGGGGUGUGUUGUGUGGAUAAGAGGGUGUGUAGGGAAGUGGUGCCCGACUUUGCGUCAACAGGGUGUGGUGUGAUAACAGCCAGGCGUCUCUCUCUCUCUCUCUCUCUCUCUGUCUCUCUCUCUCUCUCUCUCUCUCUCUCUCUCUCUCUCUCUCUCUCUCUCUCUCUCUCUCUCUGAUGGAGACACACCCAGUUCCUCGCUGCACUUCUUUGCAGAUAUCCAGUGCAAAGCUGUGUUUUUGUUUUACAGUAUCUUAAGAGACACCAGCGCACCGACAUGUCGCUGUUCUUCUGCGUUUAAAAGUGAGAAGAUGAAAUGAUGCAAACUCAUCACAGAGGAGGUCUGAAGUCACUGGAUGGUUCCUCCCUGGGUCAUGUUGGGCCUGAUGCCAGCUCAAAGCAUCUGUCGGCCAUAAACGAGCCAAUCAGCAGCAGCAACAUGAGGCCGAAUAAUCCAAGUCUAAACAGCGAGAGCCGAAAAAAAUGCAGAUCCAACCUGGGAACAGUCCGGAAAACCAGGGAAACAUCUGGAAAACAAACACAAAGAGAGAGAGAGAGAGAGAGGCAGAGGUCAGAGGCUGAGACGAAGCAACAGGAACAGAUCACAAACAUGCAUCUCCAUUUUAGGUCAGAUUUUAGGUUCUAAUAUCAUCAGAAGGUUGAAACUUAAAUCACAAAAAGACGAUGCAGUCUUAGAGGACCUUAAAGGACCCGUCUCAGGUCUUAUUUGCUGCACUUUCUCUGCAAACGAACCAGCGUUACAGGAUUCCUCGACAGUUUCUCGGUCAGAUCCCCCCGCAGCGUUUUUUUCUCACAGAUGUCACAAAAAUGAGGUAAAAAAAUUCAGUCUCAGAAAGGAAACUGUGUGUGAUGAUAACUUCUCUCAGGUACCACUCUGAUGAUUUUUACAGGUGAGGGCUGAUUCAUAUCAGAAUAACUGAGAAGAGCGGGAAUCUAUGAUGGAGAUAUCAUAGAUGUUCUAUAAUAGAGAGAGUCCAGGUACAGAUCUAGGUGAAGUAAGAAAAAGAGAGUUUUUGAUUCAUGCUGGAAAAAAAGACAUUAAUUAUGUAUGAUGAGUGUUUCCAGCUGAUGUGAGACAUUUGAUUUAUCUGUGAACAUCUGUGCGUGUGAGGACAACACUCAGGCUGAGGAUCAGAUACGACCUCAAACAUCAGAAUAGGGCUGAGCGAUAAAACGAUAACGAUAUAUGUCGAAAAUUUAUUUCACUCUAUAUUGAUAUAAAACACGGUCAAUAUCCUUUUAGAUAGUCAUCAUUCUGCCAUGUUUUGGUCGACUAUACAAACAGCCAAUGAAAAGGGGAGUUUCUCUGGGUCUGAACCAAUCAUGUUCUGAAUUAGAACCAAGUAUCAACCAACUGCAGCGUCGUAGCAGACAGCAGCUCCACCCAACCAUAGCACUUUAACAGGUGAAGCCGACAGCACUGUUGGUGAGAAACAAAGAAAAUGAGUGCUACCCCCGACAGAAAUGACCAUGAAGGCUCAACAGAUGACCACAUCAAUGUCAACCACAACACUGGCGUUAGGAAAACGUCGGUGGUGUGGAGGUAUUUUGGUUUUUGGAGGUCGGACAUGAAGCAGAGUAAUGUGGACUGUAAAUUAUCCUCCGUUGUCUAAUCGAACCAGCGGAUUUUAACGAGGCAGAAGGUAAAAAAAAAUAGUCCAUGACAGGUUUUGUUGAACAAAAUCAAAGGAAAGAGAAACUCAGCCAAGAGAUAAAUUAAUGAGAAAUAUCAGAGCGUUGAAUCAAGAUCAUCGUUCUUCCUGUUUCUGAUUUUUAAAAUCUGAGAUUCAUUCACUCUCCUUCUCCCUCCUUCUCCCUCUUUCUCCCUCUUUCUCCCUCUCUAUCUGGGUGUAACUUUUUCUCAUGUCCUCUGGGAGACAGCCAAUAUUGUGCAACAGCGAUGACCUUUGACCCCGUGGUUAUAAACACGGCUGGUUGGACAUUGUUGACUUACCCCUCCUGUUGUUGUCAGAGCUGAAAGACAGCCGUCAGCUGCUGUUUUGACUUUCUCUGCACUUCAGUGUGAGCCUGCAGGAGUGUGUGUGUGUGUGUGUGUGUGUGUGUGUGUUUACAUGCAUGUGUGUGUGUGUGUGUGUAGUUUUGGAGAUAUCUUUUUUUAAAACUGUCCAGGUGAUGCUGCUUUCCUCUGAGCAAAGUCCGCUCUGUGAGGGUGAAUGAGGCAGGUACAUUUCAGAGAGCACGUCUGAAAACGGAUUUCUACCUUCUACCUUCUUUCUUACUUUGGAAAAAUCCUGACUGAAAUAGUUCUGAAGAGUGAAAUCAGUCAGAUUUAAACGACACACACUCCCUCGCCUCAGCAUGGAGCUCACUUACCUGCAAAAAUCAAGUAUCACGCAAAAGUCGCUUUGCAGGAGGAGUGUUCAGAAAGUCAAAAAGCUGUUGUGUGCAUUAAUGUUAAAGGUGGUGUAGGUGUAUUUACAAAACAGCUUUUAAUAUCAGUCAAUAGUUAUUAGUUAUUGAUGACAUUUGGUAAUAUGUCGAUAUCUCUGUGUUCUCUUAUGUCUGUGUCGUCAACAUUUGAACAUUUUUGAGCGGUCCGCUCUUUCUGACUGUAAACAAAGCCGUUCUCCACCUCCUCUAACCUGAUUGGUUGUGAGGCAGACGCCGCUCCCCCGUGUCGUUCAGGAGCCCAAACAAAGUUAGCGUGCUACAAUAUCGGACAGUAGAAACCAACCAGAAAGUUCGGAAAAUUGUCUGAAUCCUCCUUUGGCCACGACUGCCGACACAAGCAAGAAAACAAAGUAAAUACCGGAGACUCUGGAGGAAUAACGGGCGCUUAAAACGGAGGUAGACCGGACAAGAGCUAAAAAGCCGGGUCAACAUAAACCAUGGGGGACGCUUGGGGAUCUUGGUGACCCUGUAACCUUUCUGCUGGACAGGUAAACCGCUUUAACAAAGUAAGACAAGUGUCUGUAACAGAAGUGUUUCUUGUCAAACGGACCUGCUGUAGCGUGUUGUAGCGCCAUCGCUAAACUGUCCUCCCUCGGGUCCUGGACUAUGUCACUUUAUCCUCGUUGUAGAAGUCCUGCAAACAUUGUGUUUGCUGGUAGUCUGUUGGCAUCUACAGUAGCACCAAUGCUUUUUACUUUCACGUUGACUGGGCCCCAUUUGUAAUGAUCUGAAGGAUUUAUCUGCAUUAUAUCUGAAUUUAAUUGGAACGAUACGAGCGAGCAGGAGCGUCUGUUUGUGGGCGGGGCUUGCUGGAGCUAAGGGGAAAAAUGCAGCGUCGUUGUUCACCUGGUAGUCAGAGGACACCUGUUGUAAAAAUAAAAGUUGUUUUUAGCUCCAGGAACAUCGUUUUUGUCUCCCUCCAUGAUUGUUCAGAACCACCGACAGACCCGGUUUAUCCACGCUGACCUGAGCUCAUGGUCACUCGGUACAUUCGUCUCUCAGUCUGCCCCUGGAGUUCAAAGGGUUCACAUGUCCUGUUUCUCCAGUGAGCGUUUCCCCAGCCCUGCGCUCAGCUCCAGGGGGGGAGAGAGAGAGGCCCCUCUCUCCGGAGGACCCUGUCCCUUUAAGAGGUGGUGGUCUGCGCUCGCUGAGGGAGGGUGGAGGCAGAGAAACAGUCAGGGAGUGGUUGUGGAGGGAGAUAAGUUUGUCUUCUAGGUCACAGAGCAAAGGAGAAAGAGACAGGCAGUGGAGUGCAUGAGGUGACGUCAUGUGACCGCGUCAUGUGAUCAACCUUUCGCCCUUUGGGUUUGUUUAUUCGCUGCUUUACACUAAAUAUACUGUUCUUAGUCAUAGAUAUUUAUAAAGUAGAUCUCCACUGAUUUUUCAGUGAAGAUUGGACUUUAGAGGACAGGAGAGGAGAAAUAAAACAGCUGAGUGAGAAGAUGUUCACAGUUUUUACAUCAUGGUCAUCAAGUCUGAGCUCUCUGAACCUCUCAUGGAGUUAUAGAUGUCCUUCUAAAGUCAUAAAAAUUAGUCUAACUUUGAUUUCUGUCCGGAUCACUCAGUUGUUAAUCAGGAGCUCGUACAGGUGGAUUAAAAAGACUUCAUAAAGGGCCUCAGUCAUAAAAAUAUGAUUAAAUUGACCAGUUUAGAGAUUUUUGGACGUUUUUAAUCAUCUUUCUUGCAGAUACUUGUGUCGUCCGUUGGUUUCUGGCCUUUAUUCUAAAAUUGACGGUCAUUUCUCCGCUCUACUCUCCUCCUCAGUGUGUCCUUGUGCUCCUCUCCUCUUCAUGACUCACUGACUCUUCCUAUAGUAGUUUCUCUCCCCUCUUGCAGGACAGUAUAGCGAUGACGCCGCUCGCUACAUUAAGCCUCAGGCCGCUGCAAGAUGGCUGCAGCUGCAUGCACCAUACGCAGAUGAGGAGAAGCAAUCAGGGCAGAGAGGGAACAUGGAGAGGGUCUCGGAGUGUUGUGUGUGUCUGCAGGACGAGGAUCUCAAAGAUCUCAGAGACGGAGUUUAGACGUGUCUGAUUCAGCGAGGGCUCAGCUCUGUUCGGAAAAAGUGUUGGGUCAUUUUUUCUCUGGAGCGCUGAAGCAGCCUCCGCCCAAACACCCAACUGCCCGUCUCAUCUCCAUCACUUAUUAACCGAGCCUCGCCCUAACACACACACACAUACACACACACAGAAACGCACACACACACACAGAGUAACAGAAAGUAAGGGAGGUGAGGACAAAGAGGAGGAAGAACGAGAGAGAGAGAGGGAGGGAGAGCGGAUAGAGGGGCGUGUGUUCACGCAUGUGUGUAUUACAUAUAGAGGAAGCUCAGGCCAAAAGCUUGUGACCUUAAAGACACACACACACACACACACACACACACACACACACACACACACACACACAGAGUUUUCCUCCUUCCCUCCCUCUCAGAGGGGGUCCUCCGUGCUGCGGAGCCGGGGUGUGUGUGUGUGUGUGUGUGUGUGUGUGUGUGUGUGUGUGUGUUUCUGAGGGACUCCUGUUACAUGAGUUGUGCAAUGUUUGGAUCCUCGACUGGAAGCCAAUGGGAACUGACCCCUCUGCCCUCUCCCAACUCCUCGGCUCCGCCCUCUUUCUGCCGCCUCGUCCACACAUGAACUCAGACGCUCCGUUUGUUGACAUGUUGACGUUUUGUCCAGAAGAGUAAAUGAAGCGCGCCCUUCCCUCGCCCUGACCCUCCACUCAAACAGCGGAUGUGCUGUCGUAGAGCUGCAGGUGGAGAGAGAGGAGAGCAGGGAGAGGAGAGCAGGCGUGUGUUCGCUAAGGUGCCUGAAAAGCAAAGGGACGGCACAAGUCACUCAGUACGUUAACGCGAAACUCAAGAAAACCGAAUUAUCGCCUUAUUCCGAUUAAAACCGGACAACUGAAGUGCAUGUUAACACCUUAGUCCGACUAUAAUUGGAGUUUGAGAACUCUGAUUGGAAUUCGGUUUUCUCUACCAUGUCACCAGGAGCAGCGUUCGUCUCAUCUUUAGAAAAAGUAGCGCGUCCAUCAUGUAGGACAAAAACAACGCUGUACGAUGCUCCAUCUUCUUGUUUCUCCAAAAUGCCCAGCAGCAGUUGUAGACACCCAUAUCGCCCCCUAGUGUUGGGGAGGAGGACACGUUCACGUCAACAAGGAGAGAAGUCUGAUUCAGCGAAAAAAACGAACUAUGAGCUUAGUGGGAUUAAACUGUGGAUGUAAACGUACUGAGUGUCAGUGUCACAAACAUGAAGUGUAUUUGUCAGCUCUGAUAUAAGCUCUCUGACCUGAACUUGAACUCCUCCUCUUUAUAAAGUAACAGCUGGAGUAUUUUUAUUCCUCCUCUAGUCUCCAAAAAUAUCACGUGACGUUAACAGGAGAGCCGCUCUGAGCUCGUUACUCACCGCUCAAACUUCCUCUAUAACACUAUAUCAUAUAGUUUGAAUCUGUGUUACCACUUUAUUUCACGGUGUUGAUGUCUGAGUGUAAAGAUGAUUAGAGUCAAGUUUCAUCAUACUUGUUCUUCUUGAAACUUGAGCGGUGGAUGUGUAAGCGGACCUCCUCCUCUCCUCUUCUUUAUUUCUCCUCUGAAAUCAUAACAAAGGUGUCAUAAAGCUGCUCCUGCUCUCCGACGGCUCCUGAAUCCAGCAGCUUAGAAACGACUCUUUCAUAUCUGACCGUAUUGACGGCGUGUAGUCAGAGGAAGAGGAGGAGGUUAAACGUGGCUGUGAACUGAGAGUGAACCCGAAACCUGCAUCUCUUUUAUUUAUAUUUAGGCUCCUCUUCCUCUUCCUCCUCUUCUUCCUCUUUUCUCACACUGACUGUAAAGUGACGGUGAGCCCCAAACUGAAGCUGCUGCUGCUGCUGCUGCUGCUGCAUUUGAUUAGAUCACAAAUAUCUGAACGGAAACUCUGAAAGGAUCAGACAGACACGGAAAAGUGGAGCCAAACGGAGGCAAAUUAUCUUCAUCUGCACUUCUGAUGAAAAAGGGCUCAGUGUGUGUGUGUGUGUGUGUGUGUGUGUGUGUGUGUGUGUGUGUGCGUGUGUGUGUGUGCAGGGAGCUUUUUUGUGACUGCUCGGGGAAAUCGCUGUGUGCCUUCACGGGUGUGGGCAUAACUUGAAAUGUGCACUUGUGCAUAUGUCUGUGUGUGUGUGUGUGUGUGUGUGUUCGUGUGCGUGUGUGCGGAUCCUAUGAAGACAUGAAGAGAGCGAGGCCGACCAGGGCGAUCCCCCUACCCCCACCCAAAAUACACACACACACACACACACGAACGCUCAGAGGGCCGGGGGGUUUGGGAGAGGCAGCAGUGACAGGGAGGAGAGCGCUGACCCAGAUAGUCUGUCCCACCCUCUCUCUCUCUCUCUCUCUCUCUCUUUCUCUCUCUUUCUCUCUCUCUCCCCCUCUCUCUCUCUCUGUAAGAAAUCAGAUCUGCAGUUUUUCACUUUUUAGAGAGUCCUGGUUUGUGAAGUUGGUCUUAAAAGGAUCUUUUUCUGGUUUUUGUUUGAGUGAACUCAACACUAAGAAACCAAAACCUCAUGAUCGAGUGUCAGAGGUCACCUGUAGAUGCUGACUUUGAACUUUGACCUGAGGACAGUCUGAAGGACACCAACACAUCUACUCUGGGUCAGUCUCAGAGGAGCCCUGGUCCAGAGAAACCUGUUCUGAUAUCUCUUUGUCUAGAGUCUGAACUCCUAGAUGUAACUGAUGAUGGUUUUCUGAAGUCUUCCUGAGUCCAGGUGAUCAAAUCCUUCACAGGAUCACGGGGGUGUUUAAUGCAGUGCUUCCUGAGGGGUCAGAGGUCACGGACAUUCAGUGUUGGUUUUGGGCCUUGCUGCAUAUGUGCAGAGAUGUCUCUGAAUCUUCAGGUGAUUUUAUGGACUCCAGACGUAGGGAUGGGAAUCGAGAACCAGUUCUUGUUGAGAACCGGUUCCAAAUGGUUCAAUCCAUCGAUAUCAUUUACAUUUUAUCGUAACGAUACCUGGAAAACUGUUUGAAAAGUAGGCAGAAACGAGCUAAAGCAUGGCUUAAUUUGCAGUGCAACGUUUGUCAAGCAGUGAUAACAUGCAAAGGUGGAAACAUCAGCAACAUGCUAAAACGUUUGUCAACACGGCACGGCAUCAGAUAGAAGGAGUCACAUGUAUUCAACGCUCUCCGUCAGCCGCUGCAGCUCCGUCUCAGCACGGCAUUGAAGGUACGAAUGUCAGGGUGACCAUACGUCCUCUUUAACCCGGACAUGUCCUCUUUUGGGGGAGUUUAUAAGAUCCUUCAAAUGUCCAGAAUGUGUAUUCACUCAUCAUAAAACAGUGCAGAGCAUCAGUCCGCUCCGCAGCUCCGCUCACUUCUAAGCAAAGCCACUGACACGAUGCAUGCAUGCGCUGCCUUUGGGAAUUCAGAAUAAUGUGUUUAACUGAGUUAGAAGCACUUAAAAAACUCUCGACCCGAUCAAAAAAAAACCCUCAAAAUUUCACACACAAGUCUGUCCCGAAUAGUCAUGUCCUCUUUUUGGGGAUUCAGACUAUAGUCACCCUAACAUAUGUCCUGUGUUUACAUAAACACAAGGCAUGUCAGAAAGGCUGUAGAAAUUACAUUUAGUUUGAUUAUUUCAGACUCUCACUGAAGGUGGCGUACUUCUGUUUCUGUUAUCAUAGACUCAAUAAAAUUCCGAGUUAACAGUGAAAACCUAAAGGAAGACAUUGAUAAGGGAAUCGUUAAGGAAUUGAAUCGAUAAUGGCAUCGAUAUCGAUAAAAUCGUAUCAAUUCCGAUCCCCAGAUGUUGAUGUGAACUUGAUCAGUUUGAUCUCUAUGAGCUGAACUUUGAGUUGGCCCUCUUAGUGAGAACUUGGACCAGACUGGUACCAAACCCUGGACCUGAUUGGUGUCUGGAUUCGGACCCUAAGUUUGGGGUUUCCUGAAGCUCCUGUUUUUAGUCCGUCUGAUCAUCUUUGUGUCCUCGAACCCCCCGUACGGACUUCCUGUGGUGGGAUCAGAGACCAACAGGGUCACAGCCGUCCCACCCUCCCUAUUCCUGGAACUCCACAGUGGGACCCCUCCUCUCAGAGACCGACCCACACACACACACACACACACACUCUUGUCACUCCUGACUCACACACAUACACCAUGCUAUCAGCACACACACACACACUCGCUGCCCGGUCUUCCAGCAGAUGUGGAUCAAGUGGGAUUUGCUGCAGACUCUCCGUGUUUGCUCCCGCCUGUUUGGCGUUUGUAGGAUGUGGGUGUGGUUUAUGUUCGGUGGCUGAACUUCAGAAAGUUCUGAUGAUUUUAAAUUCACCGAGUUUUUCUUCUUCUUCUUCUUCUCUCUGUGAUUUACUGCGGACGUGGCUCCGUCUCAACUCCACCCAGCUGGAGCUCCAGAUUAGGUCAAAACAAACGGUGAGGGAGGAUUUACAAAUCCUGCUCAAUCCAAGUCUGACAGCGGAGCGUUUACUCCCACAACCUGAGAGGAGAAGACAGCGGGAGAGUUCAGGACACGCAAACAUAUAAAAUCAGGCUUUUACUUUGAAAACAAAAAGUACCAGGACUUUAUGACAUUGUGAAGUUCUCUGUAAACGAAUCAGUUAAAUUCAGAUCCGCUAAGUAACAAGGGUCAAAAACAGAAAUCUUAAACCUGCUGUAGCUCCAUCGUUAAUGUGGCAAAUAAGGAUUUCCUGUUCCCGCCAAGAGAGGGAGCUGUUCUCUGUUUUCGGAAAGGUUUGCUUCAUUUAACUGAGUAUCGUUACCCAUGUCCGAACUCCUGGAUAAUUCGGUUUGACUGGUUCGUUUCAUGGUAGAUCUAUUCAGCUCAGUAGAUAAGUUAAAGUUGGUUUAAUCAGGUUUCCUUCAGUCCCAUCGCGGCGCAGAUUCUCUCUCUCUGUUUCGGUGUUUUUCUCUCUUGAUUGAAGAAGUUUUUCUUCGGCGAAUAAAAACCAGAGUUUCUCCAUAAAACAGAUUUGGUUUUCGACAGUCAGACAUGAAACAAAUCCUCCCGUCCUUUAGUUAUGAAAGCGCCAUUGUUGACAUUUUUAGGUGAGUGUGAGACACUUCUGAGCGGGGAGGAUUUGUUUUUGUCUGCUGGAAAGAGCUGAAGGCUGCAGACGGCACAGCUGGAGGGUGAAACUCCACCGCCAGCUUCAGUCAAACACAGAUAUUUGCUCAAACUUCCAACUUUAUAGACUUUUCCUUCAGCUGAGGAUAAAGAUCGACUUCAGUGAUGCUGCCCUUGAAUUUUAAGAGGGUCAAAACUGAGGAUCAUAUCCUGGUCCAUAAAACUACGUUGACCUGUCCGAGCAGCUGUGACGAUACAGAGAGAGAAGUCGGUCAAUUUUUCUGCAGAUCUCAGAAGUCGGAUGUCUCUGUCACCCACAGGGUAAUUUCUGGACUUUUUCAGGGACUUUGUGACCGUUUGAGAGGGUCUUCAGUAAAACAAUACUGACCACCAGAGGACCCCACCAAGCUCUGUCCUGUCUCCUCAGACCCCGCCUCCUCAGUUCUUCCUCCGAGGGAGAAAUGAGGGUCGUUGAAUUUUAGGGUCAGGCUGAAGUUUUCUGGAAAUGUUCAGGAUUGUAUUUUUGAACAGAGAGUCGGUUUUUUUAAUGAAACUUUAAAAUCAGAAAUCACAUAUCGUCGUGAGUUGUUUGUUGUAACCUCAGAUCCUGGUUUUGUGUGUUUGCUGCCGGUCAGGGGGGGGAAGGUGUGACAUGAAGCUGCCUUCACCUUUGUUUACAGACACAGAGGGGGCUCUGUCCACUCACAAUAGGCCUGAGAGUCCACUGUGUGUCCGCUCUGUGUGAGUCUGUGUGUGUGUUAGAGGGGGGAGGGGAGGUCCGCGCGGCCACACCCAGGCUGAUUGACUCAGGCCACACCUCACUGAGGAAUCCACUGGAGCCGGGUCACAUGACGGCCUCUAACCCUCCACCUCCGCUCCCCGUCUGUGAGCAGGAUCAGGGAAAUGAGCGAUAAACCUCCGUCCAUGAGCGGGCCGUCGGAGCGCACAUUCAUGCUUUCAGUUAUAAAAGGGGAAGAACAAUAUUAAAGUCAGCAGAUAUGAAAAUGAAGGUUACAGAAAAUUAGUUUCAAAAAUACUGAAAAUCUGCAAAAGUUUGAGAACUCCAAGUUUAAGAUGCACUUCAGGUUUCCUCGCUAACUUUGAUGCUGAUCUACGUCUUCGGUUUAAUAAAACAUAAGUUGACUUACAUAAACUUUUCCUAUUAUGCUGUUUUGACCCGUAAUGUUUUUGUCACUGAGGAAGUUUUUCAGCGCACUCAGCACUUCGUCAAAGUGGUUUGAAGUCGAGCGUCUUUUUUAUCGUGGGAAAGGCAGAGUUGAUGUUGAGCGGUUUCACUAUGACUUCCUAUUUAAAGCUGCCACCAUCACUACCAUCACCUCCGUCAGUUAAACAUGAGGAGACUUUUCUCUGAAUUUAAAGAGCUGCUGAGGAGUUUCUUCUCUAAACCACAACUUGAAAAAUUCCUCUGAAACGUCGUCUGUGACCGCGUACACACGCACAUCUGCAACGACUGAGUUUAAAGGGGAAGAAAAAGAGAGCGGACGGGAGAGGAAGUCCUCUUUUUUUUUUUUUUUACAACUUCCACUUCUGCAGAUCAGCAUCAGAGUUCAAACUGUGGGCGACUGAGACUGAAAGUUCAACCAAAGAAGGAAAUGAGGAAGAAAUUUCAGACGCCGCUGAUAUGACGACUCCACGUCUUUACUUUAGAAACUGACAGAAGUUUGGUUUCUCUCUUUAGGCUGAGAUUGUCUGUUUGAGGAGCACAGAUGUGAUUUUAUUAUUUAUUUUAGAUUAAAUGACAUAAAUAUUAUUAAGAUUAUGACUUUAUUCGACUUUCUUCUUGUAAUAUUUUGACUUUUAACACAACUGUUGUUCUCGUAAAACUCCGACUUUUUUUCUCUUUAAUCCUUUUUUUUUUUACCCAAAGGCUUAAUUUGUGUUACAUAAAAUCUUUUAACUCCAGAUAUUUUAACUGAACGACGCUUUUAUUUUUGGCAUUUUAAGACUUUAUUACAACAUUAUUUAUGUUAUUUUAAAUUAAACCAAUAUCUGUAAGAUUAUGACUUUUCUACGACUUUCUUCAAAUAAUAAUUGACUUUUUAAUUUUUCUUUCAUCAGAUUAUAAUUUUGGAUUAUUAUUUUUUUUUAUUCCUGUGAGAUUACGACUUUCAGGUCUUUUUCUUUUUUUUUUUUUGUUUUUGUAAAAUUGUGACUUUUUUUAAAGUAACAUUUACCACAACUUUGUUCCUUGUGUUAUGUUUGUUCUAGUUUUUUUACAGCCUUUUUUUUUUUAUUUUAUCACUUAACUUUGACCUUAGCAUCGCUGACCUCUGGAGUCCUUUCUUGAAAUAAAAGAAUUAGGGCUGCAGCUAUCGAUUAUUUUAGUAAUCGAGUACUCUAUCGAUUAAUCUGUCGAUUAAUCGAGUAAUCGGAUAAGAAAUGUUUUGCUCUCACUGUAAUACUUUGCAUUAAAAACCAUCAGUAACACACAAAACUGAAAUAGGCCAGGUCUUUCAAAUGAAUAUUUUUACUGCAUAAAUCAGGAACCAAAAGUUUUACAUUUUACCAUGUAGUUCACAUGAAACUACUGAAGGCAAGGUCUGCAGAUGGUCUUUUAAUUGCUAUGGUAAUGAUCUUUGCAGUUUUCACUAAACCAGUCACAACUAUUUCCAGGCUUUGGAUCUAAUUUUACUUGUUUAAUUAAUAGGCUGAAAUAAUAUAAUUCUUGGAUACUAACAUAAUUUGACAAGCAAAUGUACAUUUAUUCAAUAUAUAAAAGUGUUACAUUUUUAUUUACAUGUUGUUGUGUGUUGGUCAUUUUGCAGCCCUCUGCUGCUCAUCACACGCCUAGCAGGUGGUGUAUAGCAUUAUCACCAUGGAUACACGGAUGUUUGUGUGAUUUUUUUCAUCCACUGCCGCCCGGUUUGUGUCGUGUAGAUGUUGAUUAUGAAAACACUUCGCAAUAAUUUGGAAACGUGAAGGGGGAGCUGCUGCUGCCCGGUGUUUACGGUAAAUAGACGCAAACACCGACCAAGUGGACGCUUCGGUCUCCGAAAACGCCGAGACAAAUUUACAAACAGCCACUAUUUCAAACAACUGGGCUCAUAAUCGUGAUGUAAACACUUACUUUCUCGCUAGAAAAAAUAUUAUUAUUGAAUGAAUUUAUAUAAUUUGUCCGGUAUGCAGUCGUUCUAUGUAGCUUGUGGUAGGACUAUUUAAAUUUUCCCGGCGCUGCGUCCGGCCGGCACGAAAUGCAUUCUGGGGUAUUUAGUAUGUAUGUGUGUAAACGCUCUGGCAGCCGCGGCAUACUCAAAUCAUCUUUGAGUAGUCAGUAGGCAGUAGCUACUGCUUGAGUAGGUAAGUAGAUAGCAGGCAGUAUGCCAUUUCGGACACAGCUUCUGUCUGUCCUCGUUUCCCUCCAUGAUUGAACCAAACGCGCGGCAGCGGAAGGAGCGGAAAGAGCACGCUUCUGCGCAACAGAAAUAACCGUCCGUGUCAAACACCGUGCGCUGCACAUGGUUCCGGAUUUAAACGAUUCCUCGAGGCAUAUAAUUUGCCUCGAGGAAUUUUAUUAAUCGAGUUACUCGAGUUACUCGAGUAAUCGUUUCAGCCCUAAAAAGAAUAGUAACUUGAUUAUUUUCUCAAUUUAAACCAAAGUUUUCCCCGUUUUGACUCAGUCGAUCAACUUUUACCACGUGUGUAAACUCCAUCAAAGUUCACGUCCUGAUAGUCCGGAGGAAAAGACAGUGAAUUAGUGGAAUCUUGAAGUGUUUUGGUUUCAGAAAAACAGGCGUUGUCGUCCAGCGGUCUCUGAGAUAACUGAGGAUUUAUCUCUGUGGAUGUUUAGUCAGUGUAGGUGAAGUAGUGAGGUCUCUGAGUGAGCAGAAACGUCCAUGUUUGGAGGAGUGGAGGAGCUUUAACUGUCAGAGAAGAAGAAGAAGAAGAAGAAGAAGUGGACAUGUGCAGAAAAUAGAGUCAGAGAAGAAGAGAGCGGGUGUGUUCAUGAUAGAGGAGUGAGAGUCCCUGAGCCGCCUCGACACUCCCCACCUCUCUCUCUCUCUCGCUCUCUCUCGCUCUCUCUUGCUCUCUCUCUCUCUCUGGGCUUCCAGAAAAGGGUGUGUCUGCCUGCCUGCUGCUGAAAGGGAGGGAGGGGUCAUUUCACAGCUACUCCUCCCUGCUCUCUCUCUCUCUCUCUCUCUCCCUCUCUCUCUGUUAUUUCUCUCUCGCUCUCAUUCCCUCACAGGCAGCCUCAGGAUCAGGCCUUUUGUUUCUCGGCCUCCUCUGUCUCUCUCUGUUUCUCUUUUUAGUUUUCAUUUCUAUCUUCUCUCCCUCAGACAGAGUCUCUCUCUCUCUCUCUCUCCCCCUCUCUCUCUCUCUCUCUCUCUGUUUUUCGCUGUUUGUGUGUUUACUCCCCCUUCUGGCUGCUCUCAGAGUUUUUAACCCUUUCAGAGGUAAUGUUGUUUGUUGUCAUCUCUGUUUCUUCCCUCCAAUUUCGUUUCCUGUCGUUCUUCCUCUCCUACCUGUCUUCCUAGUUUCCUUCCUUCCUUCCUCCCUUCCUGACUCCUUAUUCCUCCUUCCUCAGAUCUCCUCUUUUCUUCUGCUCAGGAAGUUUCUCUCUCUCUUUUUUUCUACAUUGUUUUCAACCUUUCUUCCUGUUUUUCUGCUCAGCCCCCUCCCCCUCUUUUCAUCUCCCCUUAUCUCCUCUUCCUCUCUCACACUUCUUCUUGUCCUCUCUCUCCUCUCCUCUCCUCGUCUUUUUACUCUCUUCCAUCUGCAAAAGUUUCCUCUUUUCCUCCUUCACAUCCUUCCCUCCUCCUCCUUCGCUCCUCAUCUUUUACAUCAUCUCUCUCUCCUCUUUCUGUAUCUUCUCCCUCUGUCCUUCAUCCACUCCUCUUCCUCAUCCACAUCCUCUUUACCAUUCUUCUCCUCUUCCUCACAUUUUCAUCUUUUCCUCUUUCUUGGUCUCCCCCUUUUUUACUUCUUCUCCCUCUUUUCAUCAUCAUCUUCUUCUUCCUCUCCUCUUUUAUCCACUUUCCACUACUUCUUCUCCUUCUUUCUUCUUCUUCUCCUCCUCUUGUUCUUCUCCCACUUUUUUCCUUCUUCGAUUCCUUCCUUCCUUAUCCUUCCUCUCCACUUUCGUUCUUCUUCCUCUCUUUAAUUCCCCUUUUUCUCAUUUAUUUUUGAUCCUUUCUUCCACUUUUAAUCCUUUUAUUUUUCCUUCCUUCUUUCCUUCUCUUUCUCCUUCUUGUCCUCCUCUUAUCUCACGUUCUUCUUCUCCUCUUCCUCAGUGCCAGUCAACUCCUAAGCAGAAGAAGAGCGCCGCUGGCGGCCAGAAGAAGAAGAGGAGAAGCCCGGCCAAGCAGAGCGCCCUGACCCAACAGCCUCCGCCGCCGCCGUCGUCAUCCCCGCCACCUCAACGGGAGGAGGAGGAGGAGGAGAAGGAAGAGGAGCCGGUGACCAGGACUCGGCCGCCGCAGAAAGAAGAGGAGGAGGAAGCCGGAGAGGAGGAGCGAGAGGAAGUGGCGUCACAGCAAGUGAAGGAGAAGGAGGAAGAGAAGGAGCCGAGAGAGGAGGCGAAGGAAGAGGAGGAGGUGAAGGAGGAGGGCGGGACAGAGAUGCCCUCUGUACAGAUCAAACCAGAGCCAGAGGAGAUGGAGUGCACGGUGAGGAGGAGGGGGAGGGGCUGGAGGGAGGUGGUUGGUUGGUCGGUUGGUUGUAAGAGGGUGGAGGAUGUGUGGGAGGACAGGCGGGAGGAUGGAUGAGAGAGCCGAGGAGGAGGGAGGAGGAGGGUGUGGUUAGGUGUGGUCGGACUCGCAUCACUUCUAAUCAGACGUGUUUGAUCAGGUGGAGCCGCUGAUGUGGAUUAAGAUCAAAGAGGCGGAUUAAUGUGGAUCUUUAUUCUGAUGGUGACUCAGCGAUCAACGGGUGUCACUGAAAACUUCAGAGUUACUCAAACGUUUGACGACGAACCGAGAGAGAGAGAGAGAGAGAGAGCGAGAGAGAGAGAGAGAGAGCGAGAGAGAGAGAGCUUUGUUUACAGGAGCUGAGGGAACUUUAUUUACAUGAAGGUCAUCUGGAGGUCACCUGGUUAACUUGAUUUAUCAGAGGGGCGUCCACUUCCUACUGCGAGGGCGUCAGAUCAGGUCGUGAAGUGUGAGGUCCCUCAGGGGUCACUUACGGGACCUUUUUUGAUUCGCCGUCAUCAUCAACACAUCUUACACUCUUCGCACGACUAAGUUUUUAUCCUCACAUCAGAUAAAAAACUCUGAAAAUAUUUCAGGUGGGCGUGUCGAAGUCAAAACAGACCAAAAAAAUCAACUGUAGCCUUACCUAGAUAGAUAGAUAGAUAGAUAGAUGAUGUGUGGUUCCUCAGGGCUCACCUGUAGGGCCUCUUUAGAUUCACAGUAGACACCACCUCAAGAAAACUUCAGGGUUGGCGAAUCUAAACACUAACAGGCGAGAAAAUUCAUCGCAGUUUUAUCGGACUACUUUUUCGUAAAGUGAAAAGUUUGGGUCUGAUGAGUGGGGUCCCCCACGGCUCACUCUUUGGGCCUCUCCUAAAAGUACAGACUGUCUCAUAAUCUGGUAGACAACAUCUAGAUUCUCAUAGAUUCUACCCAGGAGUAAAUUUCAACAUGUCCAUAAACUCCGUCAGCAGCUGAUCUUUUAACCUCAACUUUACUUUGACUCUUUAACGGCGGCCGGCCUCUGAGUGAAACUUGUGCGAUCUGAGUGAAAACAACAGGAAAUAUUUGUGAAGAUCUACCAUGAAGGAGUGGGCGGUGUGAUGAUAUUUACACGGCGUGGCUGCGUCUCUAAACCCAGCAGAGCAGAACACACAUGUGAAGGAGGAGGAGGAGGACAGAGACAGAGAUCAGGCCGUCGUGGUGUCGCUGGUUUUGAGUGAUGCGUGGAUUAAAAAAACAAACACUCGCUCUUCAUCGCUGUUGAAGCGUGUUGGCAUUUGCUUUUUGAUUUUUUUUUGCAUCUCAAGCAGCAGCUUUGACCUUUCGUUUGUUUUAAUCCUGAGUGACUUUCAGGCAGAGCAUCAGCGAAAACAGACUCAAUGAAACAAACAGAGCAGAGGUCAGAGGUCAGAGCCGAGUUAAAGCGCUCUGACCAGAGUGUGUAUUCAAGGAGAAAGGCUGAAAACCGCCGCUGAGUUUCACCGCGUUUGUCUCCUAAUGACCCCGCUGGUUUUUAGGAUCGAACUAUUUUAGUCUGUUCGUGAACUUUGACACGACUUCCAGCAGAUCCAGGAGUUUUUAUAGAUCAGUCAAAAAUAUAUAAAAUAUGCUGAGGAACAUUUUAACUUUUAAGAGCCAACAGCAGAGAGAGAGAGAGCGUUAUUUUCCACCGCUCUGUGUCCUUUUCAUCAGAUCUACUAAAACAGAAAAAACUCGGGUGAAUUAUCGAUGAGACGAUUUUAGCUGAAGGCGCUGAAGGACAAGAAACAGAAAAACGUCUUUUGUCUCAUUUUAAUAUAAAAAGUCCUAAAACUCUUACUGCUCGGUAAAUCUGCUCCUUUUGUAUUUUCAGUCAUUUAACAGAUAAUUCAUGGAUGGAUGGACUGAUUUAGAAUUUUACUAUCGACUCUCUCCAGAGUCUGUGCAACAUAAAGUUUGUUUUAUAUCGUCCUACAGCAGUAAUUCACAUUAUUUUAUUAAAAAAUUAAUCUUAUUUAUCUUUUUAUUCUCAGAAAUAUGAUGAUCGACCGCUUGAACAAUGAUCAGAUCCUAAAUUCUGCUUUCAGGAGGCGUCUACAGUGUUUAUCGUAUUUUAUCGCAAAGGAGUAAAUACAUUUAAAGAAAGAUCGGUGAAUGUGAUGCACUUGAUUACAACACCAAGAGACUCUACAAAGUAAAGGAGUAGUUAGCUGGAGGUCAUCCAAAAGACCCCAAAGUACAGAGUGGGUCGGUUUACUUGGCGGACAACGGAUUUUCGUUUUCAAAUGAAAAAACAGAAAAUAAACCGUUUUCCCAUUUUUCAUUUUGAUCAUUAAAAUCGGAAAACAAAAAAACAAACUCAGUAUUUAACUUCAAAAUACCUGCGUGGAAAUCUUGUGUUUCUUGUUGAGGUUGUGACUUGGAGCGCGAGGCUCUCGUUCGCACAGAUAAAAAACUUGAUAAGCCAGUGCGCUGUAGUAGCCCGCUUAGCUACGUGCCUAUGUGGCAGCCAUCUUGGUGAGGGCAAUGUUCCCAUUAAAGGGGUUAGAUGUCAACUGAAAAUAAAUAUCAUGCUUAGCUGUUUCCUUGUUUUUGGAUUUUUAUGAUCGCUAUUUUGAAUUAAUAACAACCAUGUUUUGGGUUUUGCCCAAUCAGGAUCAAGCUUUUAAAUCAGUCAGGUGGUUACAAAGAACCUCGGUGAUGUUUUUACCUUUUGUCAGUCGUGUUCAUGAGAAGGAAGAAACUUCCUAACAGUUGAAUUCAUUAAUUUGUUGUAGAGUUGUUGUUUUUGUGUUUUUAUCGUAACUUCUGCAGCUCAGAUCCGUGAACGUAUCGUAGCUGACAGUGGAGGUUUGUGUCUGUAUUCGCCGUUUUAAACGUGACGAGAGUUUCCAGGGUGAUUAACGCUCGUGUUGGCAUUUAACGGUGGAUUACACCCAUAACUUUUAUGCGUUUAUAAUCGUGUUAUUCCCCGCCUCUUGUUCCCCAAAAGGUCACAUUAUGUUCUUGAAAUCGUCUUUAUCGUUCCCUGUAAACCGUCCGACAGAGGAAGUCAAACCCUCUGAGCGUUUGUCUGCUGACUAAUGAGGGACUCACUGAUGGUUGGUGGAUGGAGUUUAUGAAUGAUAAUUAAGUGUAAUCAUAAAUAAUACACACUCUGGGAGUGUUUGCACACUGCUGCGGCGGCGGCUGCGGCUGAGCUGGCGUGCUGCUCCACCUUUGACGUUUCUAUCUCCAGUGUCGGCUCGUUGGUCGCUCCACGCUCUCUGUUAUAGAGGGAGACGGGAGAGGCUACAGAAUCAAGGGUGUGAGCUGUAAUGAUAAGGUGAGGCCCGUCGCCAUAGCAGCCAUUAACCUAGAAAACAGACUGAGCGAGGAAGGAGGGGGUGGGUGGUGUCAGCUGGAUGGGGGAGGACAGGUGAUGUAGGAAGAAAGGAGGAGGAAAAAAACGGAGCGGGAGGAGAAACUGUGGAUAGAAGGAGACGAUCCGAUGGCGAGGACACAAACAAGGCGACAGGAGAGAUUGUAGGGACGGUGGAGAGGGUGUGGACAGAUAAGGGAAAGUGGCGUUGCUGGAUUAUGUCGCCUAGCACCGAGGGGGGGUGGGGGGGGCGGGACUACUGACUCUGUUUUUUAUCGGAGAAGCUUCAAGGCCAAACAGGAAGAGGUUUUUUAGUCUGAGGUUCAGAGAUGUAGGUGGGGAAUGUCGGAGGCUGGUCCGUGCUAACGCUUCAGUAUAAAUAUGGAUGUAGUCGAAGUGACGUCAUCCGAGUAGGGACGGGAAUUGAUCAGAGUUUAUCGAUAUCGAUGUCUUUAUCGAUUCAAUUCUUUAAUGAUUCACGAUUCCCUUUCUCUGAUUAAAAAAAAAAAGUUUUUUACCUUUGACUCAAAAUUUUAUUGAGCCUCUAAAACAGAAACAGACGUCUGACACCUUCAGUGAGAGUCUGAGAAUAAAAUUUGGAGGUUUUUUUUGAUCGGGUCGAGUGUUUCUAUGAACUUGUAACUCAGUUUAACACAUUAUUCUGAAAUCCCAAAGACAGCGCAUUAGUGUGUCACGUCAGUGGUUUUGCUUAGAAGUGAGCAGAGAGGCAGAGAGAGCUGACGUGUGACGGAGAGCAUCAAAUACAUGUGACUCCUUAGAUUUGAUGCCGUGCCCCGUUGACAAAUGUUGCUGGUGUUUCCACCUUUGCGUGUUAUCGCUGCUCAACAUCACUGCUCUGUUGUCGUCUCUCUAAGUUAAAUUAAACCUCGCUUAACAUCGUUUCUGCCGACUUUUCGUACCGUCCGCUCUGUCUCUGUUUCCAUUCGCGUAGACCGGCUCUCACGAGACCGUUUUCAUGACACUGAGAAGAAAGGAAUCGUUAAGAUAAAAUGUAAAUGAUAUCGAUGGAUUGAACCAUGUGGAUCCGGUUCUCAACCAGAGCCGGUUCUUGAUUCCCAUCCUUACACUGAAAAAUGGUGUUCGCCAUGUUGGAAACCCUGAAUCCAGCUCAUUUCCUGCUGGUAUAGAAAGAGCCAAAGCGGUAGAGUUGAGUUUAUAGUCUUGCUGCUUCUGUCAAAUAACUAUUCUAAAUGUAAAAGUACUUUAAUCUGGACUAUGACUGAUAUAUAUGAGCCUCACCUUUGACAUUGGCUCAUCAGAACUCAGUUUUAACUCUCAGACCGGUCAGACACUCAAUCACUUCUCUGUUAAGUCGGCACAGUACUUUUAUUUUCCAUAUCUAAUCAGUUUGAUUCUCCUGAACAACCUGAACCCAAAUCCUAGAAAUCCUCCAAAUCCAGAGCCGACCAUGAGGCAGAGUGCAGACUUGAUCUCUCAUUCGUGAUGGUAUGUGAGAAUGUGGGAUGGGCAGGACCGGCUCGAUUAGGAGGGUGUGGUGCGUCUGGGAGGAGAGAUAGAUGGAAAAGUUAAGGAGGAAGUCGAACACAGGACAGGAAACCGGCUUCUCCUCAUCCCCAGCGGACACAGAUGGCAUUCCUGUACCUACCGCUGUGGUUGGAUGUCAGAUUUCAGAAGCAUCACGGCUAAAUUGUGGCUCCGGGUCACAUAAUCAGGUCAGACUAGAUUUGUUGAGAUGCCAGGUUUGACACACGGAGCUGACGUGGAGAGAGGAAGGAGAGGAAACCCGGAGAAAGAGGCAGACGAGGGUCAUGAUGGAUCUAACCAAGAGGAUUUUAAGAUGUUUCAACUUUAAAAAUCCACAAAGUUACACUAAACCAUGUUCAUAGAUCAUGUAUGUUUUAUAUUUCAGAGCCACAUACUUUUCAUAGAAAGCUAUCAAUCUACUCAGACGAGCGAGGAGGCCAGAGAGACGUCCCCUCUGGCUCUUCAGAGAUGCCGGGUUUGAUUUAGUGGCACAGACUCGAUCUGUUUGGAUUCCUAUCUGUGAAAACAGAUGAAACACAAAAGGCUGUUAAUUUUGUGAAUGGUAGUUUAAUGUGCGGAGUUCCCCCGGGCUCCGUGUUAGGGCCGCUUUUACUCCGCAGUAACAUGUUUGUAUUUUGGCGAAAAUCUGCGACGCAACAUUGAAAAUUCAGCUGAAAACACCAGAUCAGCAGAUCAAGAGAGUCUCUUACUUUUGGUUCUGUUGGUUGACAGAUUCUGCUGAGCGUUUUGUGUGGUCACGACCCAAACUCACAGUUUCUUCAACAGAUUUAUGGCCUCAGAUUUGAUUUAUUUGCUUUCACUUUCAUGUUGUAGCUUAUAAAAUCUUCCAGGUGCAGAUAGUUGGAUACGAUGUGGAUCGAGGGAGUUUUUCGUUGUCGAGAUCGGCCCGUAAACUGACCCGAACUUUUCACCUGCUGAUUGGAAUCAUCUAUCUUUGGUUUGUUUAAUGUCGGAGGAAAAGGCAGAGUUUAUGUGUGUCUUCAAAAAGGCAGAAAGGGUUCGAGGAAAUGGGGGGAAGGGUCCUGCAGAGCCCCACGUAUGUGAGUGUGUGUGUGUGUUGUGUUGUGGCAUGGUUUGGGUUAGUGUGUUAGGGUGGGGGCUGGGUGGAGUUGUAUUGCGUAAGGGAUCAUUAAGCAGAAGGGUGUGUGUGUGUGCAUGUGUGUGUGUGUGUGUGUGUGUGUGCGCUGACCACACCUCUGCGGCUGCCAUGAGCAGAGGGGAGUGGAGUUUUCCUUCCAAAGAUAAAGUCUGAAGGCAGCAGAUCCUCUCGGCCCUCUUCUCAAACUCUUAAACUCAAGUCCAAUCCAACGGUUUUCCUUCUGCUUUAACUCAAGGACGCUAAUUUCACUUUUACUUGAACUCAUUUAGAUCGAGAUUUACCGACAGAGACUCUUACGAGGAAAUUAGUCGCCUGUUUCCACCGUUAAAAGAUCGAUUAUCACUUAAAAGAUCCAAGAAGUUAGUUGGAUCUGCGUGUUACGGCCUCCUUAAACCAAUUUUCAGAAUUUUCUGACAGAGCAGUUCCUCGAGUGUCCACUAGAGGCUGGCUUCAAAAGUACCUUAAACCACACACACACUCAUUCAAAAAAGCCGAUCUUUACAGCAGAAAUUCACACAUUUACAGCCUGAUACAAACAUCAUUUCGGUUCGAUCGGCUUAUUUCUCUCUCCUCGUGCAAGAGCUGGACGAUAAACCGAAAAUUUACUGAUACCGAAAUUUAUGACAAUAACCAACUUCAUUUUGCCCAUAUCGGUAUAUUUAGUGGCAAAAAUUCUGUGUCACUAUUUCACUAAAUUUGAUAAACCAUCACAGAUUUUCCCUGAUUGUCUCUAUAGGAGUAAAAAUAUCCUCGAUUUUUUAGAAACAAUUUCAGAGUUUAUAAAAGAGAAGUUGUCGGUCUAACAAAGCUAGUGGGUUUUACAGUCAGUUAGCCUUCUUUAUUUUAGCGUCUUCUUUCUGCGGUGAUAACCUCAUUGGUUACUUUUGUGAUGCAUCAUUUUUUAAGACAUGCAAAAUAAUGGAAGAUAUCAAUGAGGGAAGUGUCUGACUAGGGCUGGGCGAUAAACCGAAAAUUUACCAAUUCUGAAAUUUAUGACAAUAACCGAUGUCAUUUUGCCCAUAUCGAUAUAUUUGGUGUCAUAUAAAUAAAUGAAUCAAAGUAGGUUUUGGAUGUGUGUAGGUAGGCUAUGGUCUCAUGUCCCUUUAAGACGCUGUCCUAUGUCAGAGACGUGACUCCACCCCAUCCAGUCUGUAACAAAGAGGGAAAGACAGGUGAGGAGAUGGAGGACGGAGAGAAAGUUGUAGCGGCUGGAGUAGACGAAGUUAAUGUGGGAGGGGGUGAGCAGCUGGUGGAGGAGUUAUCGUCCAUUUAUCGUUAUCGAGGUGAACUGAUCAAUAUAUCGUGAUAUUGAUUUGAGGUCAUAUCGACCAGCUCUACCUCUCACACACUACAGGGGAGUUUAACGAACAAAUCAGGACACAUACUCAGCUCGUUGUUUGGUUUUAGAGAGGUGUAACUUUGAAUUAUUCACUUUUUUGUGUUUGUUUGUCAGCUUAUCGUAAAUGUUUUGGACGUUUAAUCUGUCAUUUAGUCUGGAUUGACGUUGAUGAGGCUCUGAUGAUGAACUCUGAUUUAACGACUUCCUGUUAAUCUGUGUGAACUGAACUUUGAGCUCCAUCUGGGGUCACAGCGGUUCUAAGCUGCUGUUAUUGAUGAUUGGCUCCUGAUCUGUGUGUGACGGAGAACAAUGUCCUUUUGUGUGGAUCUGGAUGUGUCUGUGUUUACAGUUUAAAGGUCGACCUGAGGUAAGACUUUCGACAAACUCUCAGAUGGACGUGUGUGAGCCUCACUGUCAGACCUUUCAGUUUAGGAGCGUAAAGCCGUCGUGUUGGAACAGGGACAGCAUGUGUUUGACUCCAAAGUGCAUUUUUAGAAUAUUUUUCCCAUCAGCCCCCUCUUAAAAGGGCGUGAAACGUUAAAUAAUGUUCAAUAACGACCAAUCACAGAGCUUCCUGAAAAUCCGAUCUUUUCUUCUGCUGAGUCUCGGUUUCUCAGCUCCUCCUCAGAGGAACUGAAAUGAUUUUAGGAUGGAGGUGACGGCGCUGGAAGGAGGUCAAGUUUGUGUAGAAGUUAGCGGCGGACACACACACACACACCUCACUCACGCGCACAAACACACACCUUUAUCUCCUCCUCCCAUCUUUCCUCCACUUUCUCUUUCAAACUUUCUUUCUCUCUCUCUCUCUCUCUCUCUCUCUCUCUCUCUCUCUCACCCUAAUAGGAUAUGUCGAGGGAGGCUCUGCUUCCGCUCGCCCCGUCGCCAUAGCAACCACGGCUCUGGCGGGAGUUGCCGAAAAGGCUGUGUAUGUAGCCUGACCCCUCCCCCUCCUCACUCCUUCUCCUCUUCCUCCUCCUCCUCCUUCCUCUUCUUCUUCUUCUUCUUCUUCUUCUGCUCUUCUUCCUCCACCUUUACAGACCAGCCUCCCUCUCUCUCCUUCUCUCUCUCUCUCUAUCUCAGCCAAAGGCGACACAAACACACACACACACACACACACACAAACAUCCUGAAUACCUGCCAGCACAGCACAGUGAAUAGCUCCAUAAUCUCUCUAUGUCUCUCUCUCUCUCUCUCUCUCUCUCUCUCUCAUAUAUAGACAAAAAUACACAAUGAGGCCCUCUGUGCGUGUGUGUUUGUGCGUGUGUGUGUGUGUGUGUGUGCGUGCGUGUGUGUGUCACUGAUGUAUGCACAUAAACAAGUCAGUUGUCCUCCAGCAAACAGGAGCACUCAUGCACAAAGACAGGCCAUGACACAAACACACACAGGCAUGUACACACACACACACAUGCACACACACUCUAUCACACACACUCUAUCACUGUGUGUGUGUGUGUGUGUGUGUGCAUGUGUGUGUGUGUGUGUGUGUGCAUUAGACAUAAGAGGUUAGAGGCCUGUUUGCUGUGCUUUUGCCAGGAGCACUUUGCAAGCAUGAGUGUUAGUCAGUUUGUGUGUAUUCAUUGUGUAGUGAAUUUCACGUCUGUGUGUGUGCAUGUAUGUGUGUGUGUGUGUGUUCAGUCCAUUCAGCGGACGGCAUGCUGAAAUGUUUUGGAUGCAGGCACAGAGAGAGAGAGAGAGAGAGGGAUGAUGAUGUUGUGGGGUGAAGAAAGGACGAUUACAGUGCAGAUCGUGGUGAUACUGAUGCGGCUCCCUCUGCUGGUGCAGGAUGAUGAUGUCAUUGUUGGCAGCCCACUUUCCUCGCAGUGAGGCGUCCAGGAAGUAAAACGCAGCAGCUGUUUGAGGGGCACAGGAAGCAGAGGAGACUCUUUUUGUGUUUAUUUUUAUAUCGGAGUAGAUUUGUUAACUCAGAGGUCGACAGAGUCCUGAAUCUCUGGAUCUACUGAAGCUCCAGGGGGACAUGGAUGGGAUCGGAUAAUGUCGGGGUCACUUUCUGUUAAUUUUCAUGAUUCUGCGCUCCAAAAUCUCUUUUUUUUUAAUCUCAUACAGGCGUCCAUGAAAACCCUCAUGUCAGCACUUUAAAGGGAUAUUACAACGUAAAAUUAAUUUAGGGUCAAAAACACCGUAACACCGAGUUAGACCCCCCCUCCAGAGAUGAAUGUUGCCGACCGCUUACUUCUCUAGUUAUACCAACUUUAGUAACGACCGCAGGAUAGAAAUACAGAGAGCCACGCCCUCAACCAAAACGCCACACUAUAGCCACAAAUAAUGCUCAGAACAGCACCUAACUUCAUCAACAGGACAUAUAGGGUCACAGACAUAGUACUAGACACCAAACAUCUUUUUAACUUUGACUCAUUUCUUUAGCAAAGAGACUAAACACAACUCACCUACUCUCUUCCAGCAGACGCUUGUUCGUAGUGAGACCUCAGGCCGGUCCAUUACAGACUACAGCGGGGUGCCGCAGCUCAAGGAAGAACAUUUAUGAUCAUUUCUUCAUGGAAAUACAAUCAGACUGAGAUACUAAGGCAGAAGAACUACCGCGUCUGUAAAAUGAUUAAUAUGGUGAUUAUUACUUCAAGGAAAUGAUAAAGAAAUGAUCAUAAAUGUUCUUCCUUGAGCUGCGGCACCCCGCUGUAGUCUGUAAUGGACUGGCCUGAGGUCUCUACAUACAAACGGCUGCUGGAGGAGAGUAGGUGAGUUGUGUUCAGUCUCUUUGCUAAAGAAAUAAGUCAGUAGUUUGCACUCCAUCGUUUUCAGAAACUCAGACUUUAAAAAGUUCCUCUUUUCUGUCAAACAUGAAAUAUCUGGAGUCGUUUUGUCCUUAAAGGUUAUCCUGUAACUGACCUGAGUAAAGUAAGUAAAAAAGAACAACAUAAAACAGGCAGUAAAUGCGGUGCACCUGUUUCCAACACUAACAGACUGUUUCCUGAGUGAAGCGGAGGUGUUUCUGUUGAAAGUCUGUGGUUUUCCAUUUAGAAAAGGUGAUGAUUUAGAAAUAAUGGAUGGGUCAAUAGACCCGUUUCAACACGGCCCGUUGUUCAAUGAGUGAAUAGACGGAGUUAAUGCUUCUCCGCCCUCUACAGUUUUGUGGCUCAGAAAUACAAAUACAAAGGCUUUUAAUUUGUAAAGUCUUUUUUCAGGCUGUCAGUGUCGUACUUAACUCUCAAUGCUCACGGUUUUACCCCGUCCUUGAGAAACGUGUCAUUUUGGACAGACACGAUGAUUUCUUCACAAAGCAGAGAAAAGCUCGUCUCCAGCCCGAGAGAUAUCAUCUGAAAAGAAAUGAGAGGAACUGAUUUUCUCUCAUGUGUGUGCGUCCAUUAGUGCAGGAAUUUCCUCCCUUAUUGUUUACGAGGAAUCAUCUGAGGACAGGAGCGACGAGCCGGGAGCUUCAUCGAACUGUUUUGACCCAUGAACCAGUGAGAGGCUGUCUCUCCUCACGCCCACACCGUCUGUCUGUCUGUCUGUAUAUUCAAGAGCUGGAUGUGACGAGUUCAGGCACAUUCUCCAGGGUCACGGGGAUAAAAAUGACCUGUACAGCAGGUUCGAUCAAAGCUGACGACAGGGAGAGAGUUUAAUCCUUAAAACACAAAAAAGAAUUCAGAACGCUGCCAGUCACACACUUCGAUAUGUAAUUAUGAUCUUAUUCACACGUGUCUCUCAUCCUGCUUUAACUGAUGAUGGUUUCUUGUUGUUUUUAUUCUGUAAUGAGACUGAAGGAGAGGAGGCGGGGUGUUUGGGUGUAGCAGACAUGUUAAAUCGCUGUAUUUCCACCUUUAAAAUCUUAGUUUCAGUUUAAAUUCACAGGAUUUCUUUGUUUAUCUUUUGUUUCCUCUCAAACUUAAACUUUUAGUGAGUGCUUUUAUGAAGCAAAACUGCAUUUUAAGGCUGAUUUGGAAGCGAAGUUCGUCAUUAAAGUCAGGUGGACUUUGCUGCGAGGUCAGAUUAAGGCCAGCCGUGUUGGCAUGCGGGAGGAGCAGGUUACUGAACACCCAGGAAAUCAGCAGUGGCAACUCCUGUUAGAUAACAUCAGCGUUAGCGCCCGCUAACAGACAGCCGGGCCGCUAACAGGUGGGUGAGCCAGAGAGAGAGAGACAGGGAGAGAGGGAGGGAGGAGGGAGGGAGGGAGGGAGCGGUUGGUGUUUCACCAGGGUGGGUCAGGCUGUGAGGGGUGGAGCUGCAUGUGUGUGUGUGUGUGUGUGCGUGCAUGUGUGUGUGUGUGCUGGGCGGGGCUGCAUGCUUCAUUGUUAAUAUCUCCCCCAGCUGUUGUGUUUUUUUUGCACUCAGUCUUUAUUAUAUCGUCCAUAUCCAUGUUCAUGACACACACACACACACACACACACCAGAUUAAAUUGAAUUUUAAUAGUGUUUAUCACAGAUGACAUUGGUGCACACACACACACACACCCAGGAAAUCAAUACCAAAGCGGCCUCUCCCUUUCUUCCUCUUUUCCUCUCCUCUCCUCCUCCUCUUCCUCCUCUCUCCUCCUCUCUUCCUCUCCCCUCACCUUUAGCAGUCAGUGUAUUGUUGUCUCACCUCGGGACCUAUCGAUUUCCUCCUGCAGAAAGAAACAACAUCAGUGACUCGACCUGUCGGCUCAUUAGGCCUCGAUGGCGUUCAGUUUUCUUUCUAUUUGCGCCGCCGUCCUUCCUCUCCUUCAAACAUCAUCACACCCUCCCUCUCAGUCCGGUGAAGUUGCAGUUAGCUAACCGGGUCUGUUGUCAGUCCCCUGUGGUAACGUCUGUGCAGAAACUCUCGGCCCUUUCCCAAGAACUACCCAGGAACUGAAAGUCAUCUUUGCAUGAAGAAGAUAGUUGGCGAUAGAAAUCAGAACCACCGUUGAGUUUGCAUCUGCAACUUUACUCAGCUGUUUGGGAUUUGCAUGACUUCUCUACGCUUGAGAGAUCUUUGCCUCAUCUUCGUCUGAUGCUGACGAUAAAGAGCAUUUUUUAAGACCUGACUAUUGAUCCGCGACCGCCGUCUAAUCUAAAGAGGCGGGGUCUCUUCAAAGGCAGCGAUAGUUUCUUGUUUUAGAAGUUGAACUAGUAAAAGUUUGAGCAAUCUGUCCAACCUUAAGUUUGCAGAGUUUCUGAGAUUGGAAAGAGAAGUUGCAAAACUCUUAUUGUUGCAGAAUCUGUUUUUACACGUGAACAAAACUCCUGAAAUCUUGUGUGAAUAAAAACAUGAUUACACCCAGUUUAUUAAAGAUAGCUGCUCCGAUCAGAGUCUCUCAUAUGAGCUAAAUCUGAUGUUUUCAGAAAACUGUCGCCUCGCUCUCAUCCUGUUUCUGCAGAUGUUUUUUUUUAUGUGUAACUCGUGCACACAGCCUGACUGUGAUAUCUCUUUAACCUUUUAUAAAAUCAGGAUAGAUAAAGGAUUGAAAAAGCUCAAACAUGUUUGUUUUAUUGCUGCGUUUCUGCUGCUGAAGAUGAACACUCACAGGCCUCUCUGGGCACAGAAGGAAACUGAUAUCAGCCGUAACUUCUCCUCCAUAUUUCGUCCAACAUGAUUAAAGUCUUCUGGACAGAUUAGGUCUUUCUCUCUCUCUCUCUCUCUCUCACCGCUGCAGUCACAGCUGCUCUCCGCUCCCAUUCAGCUCAGAGAUCACAUGAAUUAACUGCAAGGCGAAGACUGGGUGACCCAUUUUAUGGAGGAGCAGAUGAACUGAGGAGUGAAGCGAGAGGGAAACAGAGAAGUCUGCUGAGCUGCGGCUUAGAGACGGGGUUUUUUUGUGAUGUUGUAUUCAGACAGGUCAGCGUUUGGAGGUGGACGGUUGGCGGAUUGUCCGAUUGUUGCAGAGAUGGUUAUUUUAUACAAUGCAGUGAUGGAGAAACAGAGUCAACACGACAUCCUCGACCCCGUGAAGACUUGAAAACCGUUAAAAGUCGAUCUAAACUCAAACAGCUCAGACUCUCAGUCUUCAUGCGACGCUUCAUACAUGGAGUGAAACAUUGGAGUCUGAGCUGGUGGCUGCAGACCGGCCUUGGGAGAUGGUUUUUUAUUAUUUUGCAUAAUCCUGUUUGAGUUGGUCUAAAAUAAGAAGCAUCAAAUCUCAGGCUUUACUCACAAAGCUCAAGAUUUGGGGUGUUCAGAUAUCCGGAUGCAGGAUAAAAGUGUUUCAAGUUAUUUAUUAUUCUCUUUUUUACACAGACGGUGCUGUAGUAGUUUUUUUCUAAAGUGUGGUUGUCGUCCCAUUAGGAUUCACAAAUCCUCUAUUGGCAGCAAACGGCUGUUAAAAAAAAGUCCAUAUGAGAAAAUAUGUGAAGUGGCUGCAGAGAGAAAAAUCCAACUCUAAGUCAGGUUUAAGUUAGUCUCAGCUCUGGACCGGGUUCACAUGCCCCACAAGUCAGGAGUGAAACUUUCUUUACUGUGACAGAGGAAGGAAGUUUCAUGAUAGGGCUGGGCGAUAAAUCGAAAAAUUUAUGACAAUAACAGACGUCAUUUUGCCCAUAUUGGUAUAUUCUGUGACAAAAAUUAUGUGUCACUAUUUCACUAAAUUUGAUAAACCAUCACAUAUUUUCCCUGAUUGUCUCUAUAGGAGAAAAAUAUCCUCGAUUUUGCAGAAACAAUUUCAGAGUUUAUAACGGAGAAGCUGUCGGUCUCACAAAGCGAGUGGAUUUUACAGUCAGUUAGCUAGCCUUCUUUAUUUUAGCGUCUUCUUUCUGCUGGGAUAACCUCAUUGGUUACUUUUGUGAUGCAUCAUUUUUCAAGACAGAAGAUAUCAGUGAGGGAAGCGUCUGGAUAGGGCUGAGCGAUAAACUGAAAAUUUACCAAUACUGAAAUUUAUGACAAUAACCAACGUCAUUCUGCUCAUAUCCGUGUCAAAGAAAUCAAUGAAUCAAAGUUUGUAUUUGGAUGUGUGUAGGUAGGCUAUGGUCUCAUGUCCCUUUAAGACGCUGUCCUACAUCAGAGACGUGACUCCACCCCAUCCAGUCUGUAACAAAGAGGGAAAGACAGGUGAGGAGAUGGAGGAUGGAGAGAAAGUUGGAGCGGCUGAAGUAGACGAAGUUAAUGUGGGAGGGGGUGAGCAGCUUGUGGAGUAAUUAUCGUCCAUUUAUAGUUAUCGAGGUGAACUGAUCGAUAUAUCGUGAUAUUGAUUUGAGGACCUAUCACCCAGCCCUAGUCCUUGCCCUGUUUCAGUUCCAUCAAAUUCUGUUUUUAUCGACAUUUACUCGGCCUCCCGGCUCUUUUAGGAUAGCGGUUGUAUAUCUGGACCACCAGAAUCUGAUAGAGCUCUGACUGUUUAAAUCUGUGACUGAGGAGCGACAACAUUUGAGGACCUAUCGCCCAGCCCUAAUUCACGAUGAACUCAAAGAAUUGACUCAAACAGAUUCAUAAACUGACCGGAUCCUCUCAGUUUAAGUAAAACUCUCUCUUUCUGUGUCGAUCAUCCGAACAGACUCUGUUUUGUUCGGUCUCCUGAAGCUUUAAACUCUCUCUUAAAAAUAUAGAAUUACAGUUUAAUCAUCUGAAAUGUCGUCUGAAGACACUUUUCCUCCUCAGCGCUGGAUAAUGAGCUCCUUUUGAAGCUAAUCGCUCUGUCCUCCUAUCAGAAAGUUUCUCUCCUCUCCUCGUUUUUUCCUCCUCACUCAGUCUCUCUGAUCGCAGAUCUCACAGGAGUCCAGCGAGGCUUUUUCUUCUCCAUCUUUUCCCACCGUGUUCAGCCUCCCAGCAUCCUCUUUUUCUUUUUUGGGGGGAUUUAGUCAAAAAAAACAAAAGUGGGUUUAAUCCGAGCUGCAGAGAAAAGAGGAAAAGAAAGAGAGAGAGCAGGAGAUAAUGGAGGGAAAGGAGAGCGAGUGGGUGGAAACGAGAGCUGGCGAGAGAUGGGAGGGUGAGGCGGGUGUGGUUAGCUUAGAGGGCGAGGGAUGCUGGAGGGGGAGAAAGGUGAAGGAGGGCGUGGUCAGGACGGAGAGAAAGGAAAUAAAGGGUGGAGGAGGUGAUGGAGAAACAGACUGGGAGGAGAAAGGAAGGGAAGGGUGGCGGAGGUGGAGGUGGGUGGGGAACGAGUGGAAAACAUGGAGUCAGCUGAUAGCUCCCAGUUUCCAUGGCAACGCUGGGCCUUUCCCACCCACUCUCUUUCUCUCUCUGUGUCUCCUCUGCCUCAUCCACUCCCUCACUUCUUUCACACUUCAUCCUUUUCUUCUCAGGUUUUAUCUCCUUCUCUCUUUUCCACCCUUCCUCUUUGGCGUCCUUUCCUGUCCCCUUCUCUCCUUUCCUCAGCCAGGUCGGGUUUAUAUUUGUCUUCACUUUAGCGAAGUUCUGCAAAGGUUCAGACAGUUUUUCGGACUUAAAUUCUGGUCUCUGUGUAAAUCAGAACCAGGAUGAUGGACGGCGUUGUGUCUCUCCCCGUCCGUUCAUGUAAAUCAGAGCGAGAUCAGAUGAUAACAGUCGUGUUGUUUUUGUCGACCUGUUUUAAUUUUUGUUUUGUUUUUAGUUUUUAUUAGUUUAAGUCAUGUUCAAACUCAUUUUUGUUAAGUUUAAGUCGACUAAAACUCUGAGCAUUUAAGUCUAUUUUAGUCAGAAUAACCCAAGACUGUUUUAGACUAUUUUAAUCUAGUUAAAGUCAUAAUAAUCCAUGAGUAUUUUAGUCUAUUUUAGCCCAGUUUAAGUCACAAUAAUUCAUGACUGUUCUAAUCUAUUUUAGUCUAUUUUAGUCAUCCAUUCAAGAUGUGGAAGAUACUCUGAGCAGACGGCUCACACACAAGCUAGACACACACACGUGCACUACACACAUGCGCUAAGCUGGACACACACUACACACAUGUUAGUCACAGGAUACACACGUGAAAAUGAAGAGACAUUUUAACAGAGUUUUUAUUUCAUGAACCAUAUUUAGUCUCGUUUUUAUUCAUCAACAAUAUUACAUUAUAUAUUUAGUUAUAGUUAUCGUCACAAGACCACCAUUUACAUUUUGUCUCGGCUCGUUUUCGUCACGUGAUAAAGGUUCGUUGACGGCGAUGUUUCGUCAUAAUUUUCGUUGAUGAAAGCAGCUCUAGAUAACAGGCGGGGAGAGCAGCAGCAAAGACUCCGUCAGUCAGACAAUAACAGAAUUAAAAAAGAGCUCAGGUUUGAUUUUGUCUUUGUUUCUGUAUUUCACUCCAAACGUUGCAGAAACAUCUUUCAGAGAAGACUUCCCAGCAUGCAUAGCUGCUUAAAUUCAUCCGUCAGACUCCGUAAAUAAAACCUGUAUGGUGCUAAAACAUGCUAAACAAGCUAACAGGGUUAUUAGCGUGUGUUUUCUUCACUGACUGUCUGCAGUCGGUUGUUUAUCAGCCGUUGUGUUUGUGCCUUCACCCUCCUCCGUCGCUCAGCCCAGCCUCCAGCUGAACUGUGUGAACCGAUAAAAGGGCGUAGCUGAGUCUCCACCCAACUCCUCCUCACCCAGAGCCAAGCUACGCUCAGCUCAGCUGGAAGGAGGCCAAGAUCUGGACUGGAGGCUCGCUGCUGCUGCUGCUGCUGCUCCCUCUCUUCCACUCCAAUUCGUCUUCCUCUCCACCCCCCUCUCUCUCCCUCUCUUUGAGUCAGUACCAGUCUGUCUCUAUACCCAUCCACCUCUCCUCUCUCUCUCUCUUGCUCUCUCGUUCUCUCCCCCCUCUCCUUCUCCUCCACCUCCCCCCUGAGUGUCCCACACAGCAGCCAUUGUUCCCCCGUGCUUUUCGAGCUCCAUGCCAGCUGAGCCCUGGGUGGCUGGAGAGGCGAGCAGGGUGCUGAGUUUCUGUGAAGAGCGGAGAAAAACUAGGGCGUAGCACCAAGUGUGGCUGAAGGAUGAAGCGGUCCCUCAGCAGAUGGAGUCACUUUACUCCACUGUAGAAAAACGAUUGAUGAGACACGAUCGCAGAAGAUUGUAAAUCGACAUUUUACACUGAGUGAUAAUCUUUAUUUCACGACCCAAACUGACGCAGAGUUCAGUACCGAUAACCUCACAGCUUCAACUUCAGGGACCUUCUCAGGGAAGACCCUCCUUUAUUCAGCAGAACAGACAGACUCUGAAGUGGAAAUCACCACAUGGAGAGGUCAACUCAAGACUUAAGACGUCGUCCUUUCAACAAAGAGUAGGAAAUCAUAGAUGCUGCAUCCUCAGUUUUAAAGAGUAGAGGGUCCACCUGACCUGUUCUCAGCAUCCCUGACGGUCUGGGAAUCAUCUGUGACGGCCCCUUUAAAGGGAUAAUCCCGUGAAAAUUAAUUUAGGGUCAAACUCACCGUAACACUGAGUUAGACCCCACCUCAGAGAUGAAUGUUGUCGACCGCUUGCUUCUCUAGUUAUACCAACUUUAGUAAUGACCGCAGGAUAGAAAUACAGAGAGCCACGCCCUCAACCAAAACGCCACUCUAUAGCCACAAAUAAUGCUCAGAACAGCACCUAACUUCAUCAACAGGACAUAUAGGGUCACAGACAUAGUACUAGACACCAAACAUCUUUUUAACUUUGACUCAUUUCUUUAGCAAAGAGACUAAACACAACUCACCUACUCUCUUCCAGCAGACGCUUGUUUGUAGGGAGACCUCAGGCCAGUCCAUUACGGACUACAGCGGGGUGCCGCAGCUCAAGGAAGAACAUUUAUGAUAAUUUCUUAAUCAUUUCCCUGAAGUAAUAAUCACCAUAUUAAUCAUUUUACAGACGCUGUAGUUCUUCUGUCUUAGCGUCUCGGUCUGAUUGUAUUUCCAUGAAGAAAUGAUCAUAAAUGUUCUUCCUUGAACUGCGGCACCCCGCUGUAGUCUGUAAUGGAAAGUUUAGAAUAUUGCUGUCCAAACUAUUAAAUUAUACCGGUUCAAGAAACUGUCCUGAGUUUUAGGUUUCCUUGAAGUGGGUCAAACAUGCUCGGUUGAUCAUGCUCCGUGUGAACACGUUGACCUGGUGGGCGGGCCUGUCGUUCUGGCGAAGCAAAAAGCUCCAACAGCUGACUCUCAGACCUUUGCUGGUGUCAAUAAGAUCGGUGGAUAAAAUCAGUUUCAUAUGUAAGGAUCAGCUGAUCACCAAUCCCCCAAAAUCGAGGAAAUUGGUGCUGAUCAAUCGUCUGGCCGAUUUAUCGGUGCAUGUUUAGUCUCUUUUGCUCUUGUGUUUUUGUCAGCAGGUCAGCGUCACUUUAAUAACCCUUUUCUUUGUGAUUUAAUCAACACUAACGUUUGACUUAAGAGUGUAAACUUUGGUAGUUAGAAAACAAUCUGAUGCAACGAUCAAAACAGGAAGUGUAAGGGUAUCACAACGACGCCAGCGCUCUCAAAGUCUCUGUUUCUGUCCUGAAAUGUCCCUCAGUGUCGGUCCAGAUCUCCGGUCUGAGCUCUUCUCUUUUCUCUCUCCCUCCCUCCUCUCCAUCAGGCCGAUGUUGGUGAUGACUGCUCACAGCCCACAGACCUGGUCAAAGUGAAGACGGAGCCUUCGGUGUGUAAGACAGAACCCUGUUCGCCCCAACCGAGUCCCUCAGAGGACCAGACGGAGCCCGUCGACCUGUCGCUCAACAAACCCCGCUCUUCAACGCUACCUUCUUCUACGACGAGCACCACGGUCAACCCUGCGCCCAGCGGAGCCGUGACCCAACCCGGCCUGUCCGCCACACCCGUCCCCUCAACAGUACAAUCCAUAGGCUCCAUGGUAACCUCAAACUCCACCCAUACAGCCCUUUAGAGCAUGCUCAGUUGAGUCCCAGUGCUGAAUAACCUCCUCCUCUCACAGGUCCUCUCCCCGGGGUCCAUCCUGGCCACUCAGGGGGCCGGGGGCCAGCAGAUUCUCCACGUCAUCCACACCAUCCCCUCCGUCAGCAUGCCCAGCAAAGUGGGCCAGCUGCAGACCAUCCCCGUGGUGGUGCAGUCGCUGCCUGUCGUCUACACCACCAUGCCCACCGACGGCGUCGCCACGGCAGCCAUCACGGUGCCGCUCAUAGGCAGCGACGGGCGCUCAGAAGGAUCAGGUGAGUGAGAACGUCACGUGUCUCGUUAGUUAAGACCCCCACAUUAUUAGGCACUGGUUUGGUUCUGUUGGCAGAGUAGGCGCCCCAUGCACGGACCCCCCCCAACGUUCCUCGGUCUUCCUCUGGAGCGGUUUCUCCGUCUCAUCCCAAAGAGGGAACACAAACACUCACAGAUGCUGCUGGAUAACUGAAAACAGUCUCCGUCUCUGACCGCCACGCCCGCCAUUGUUCUCCGUGUUUUGUCGCUCUCUCCCACUCUGUCAUUUUCGAGGAGCUCUUGGUCUUGAAGAAACAAAGUGUUUCUCAACAGGGAUGCUUCAGUUUGUGGUUAGUGUGUCAGACUCGCCCUCUGUUUGCCUUCGUGUCUAUAUUUAUCUAUCUCAGCCUCUUCGUUCAUCACAGAUGAUUAAUACAGACGAGGAACCGAAGGACAAACCAGGAAAUGAGACCCGAGACACCCAUGAGGACGUCUUCUUAGCUCAUUCAUAACAGGACCGAGGCGCUGGAGUCGAUUUUUGAUGGGCGCCUCGUUUCUGUAGAUUUACAAUCCUAAGAGAUCGUUUGCAUUGAACACUAGAAGUGAGUUCAUCUAGUUAUUCACAGAUCUACAGCAGACGUAAACUAACAAGAGUGGAAAUGAAGCUCAAUCUCCACCUUCAUCCUGAUCGUCUCCUAAAAGGUCGUAUCCUCCGAUCGUAGCUGAUCGUAACCAUUCAAGUUAACGUGUCAAUUUACACCGACUUCUUUCUGGACGCCGGAGCAUGGCGGAUAAAUUCAGCACAGAUUAACCCGUGCUGGAAAGGAAGUCAGGCACAGACACAAAAUAAAACAUCCUAAUAUGUCUGUGUGUCUGUCUUUAUAGAGACAACUCGUUAUCGUGCGAUCGAACGUGAAUCCGUGGGUUUUUGUGAGUUCUCGUGAUUACCGCUGUCUGUAAUCCACCAUGAAAUUCGCCUCACAAACGGAUCUAGUAGGAAAAGCGAAGCCAGUCCGGAUGUGGCGAAAAUUGGGGGUUAUCUACGAAUCUGUGAACAUCGGCGUGAGGUACAGGGUCCAAAAGUAAAACCCACUUAGCUAAAGGCGGGCUGAUUUACCAUGUGGUGAUUUCAUGUCAGAAACCUGCAAAUACUGGAGCUAGAAUAGACGUAGAGUUAAAAGAUAAAACACACAAACAUGAUGCUACGUACCAUGAAGGCGACUCGCUGAGUUAUUGAUCAUUAGCUUCUACGCUAAGUUCUGCUCCUGGCGGCCGCAGUGACCUCUUCCUGGCAGAGCGGUUCACCAUGUUUGGAUGAUUUAAUCUGAGAUCUUUGUCUCUGAAGCUCCAGCUCUUCCCGCCCUCACUAUUUCAGGAGCGCCUUCAGCAUCCUGAGCUCUCAGGGUAACGGUGAGCGUCAUCUGUCUCUGAAUAAACACUAAAAAGAGAGAAACUCGACAUUUGCUCAGGCGGGCCGCUGAAAACAGGUCUCCACCUCUUUGACAAACGGCUCUGAAGUCCCUCUGUACAGUCAGAACACCUCGGCGCAGCCCCGACUCAGGAAUGUAAACAGUCCGAGGAAUCCCGCCCCCCCCGCUCUCAGACUGUCUGACCUCAUCAGCGGAUGACGUCUGCGGCGUGCCAAGACUUUACAUCAUCUCCCUGCUUUACUUUCAGAAACUCCCAGAGACGAUGUGUUAAUAAUUUCAUCCAAACGUGAGCAUCACAGAUUUAUUUUUCUCCUCUUAUUAAAACAUUCAAAAUAAAAGACUCUUCUUAUACACUUCUCACUCUUCUACCCCCUGAAGAGGCUUCAAAAAUUAAUUUUACUCUGUUUUAUUACCUGCUAAAAGCUCUCAUGGCGGCUCUAACUAGACCAAUAAACCGUCUAUGAGUGGAGCCGGACAGGUCGGUCUACAGGGGAGAGGUUUUCAGAGUCCACCGUGCAGAUAGAAAACUGUUUAUUCAGUAUUUAAGAGGGAGAGUCUGACCCCCUGAUUUAUGUUGACAUGCAACAUCCAGACUAAGGCUGCACGAUAUUGGAAAAAAAUAAUAUUGCGAUUUUUUCAACCCUGCGAUAUAUAUUGCGAUAUUAAAAAUACACUAUUUUCACUAGAUGAAUAGCACUUAAUGUUAUACUGCACUGCUGAAAUCUUGAGGACAGUUAAUCUGCUCUGAUCUUACCUCUUUUUGUGAAUGUUAGUAGAACGGCUUCUGUCUGUCUCAGAGAUAUUUUUAACUUGUAUUGUGCUGGGACGUUAUUGUGGAAACAGAUGAACACAGAAGACGUGUUUUGGUCGACAUCAUCCUUCUUUUAACCGAAAUAAUUCCAGAUAACUGACUUUCCUUUUCUUUUUGGCAACAAAUCUUCAUUUUCGUUGGUUUUCGCUUGUUCGUUGCUCAUUUUGCGAUCGUUGUUGUUGUUGUUAGCGGUGUUGUGCUGAGAAACGCAUGUCCUCCGAGAAUUGCAUGCACCUCGCAAAACGCGCACCGAUUAUAGUAGAGUGGUCCACGGAAAUGUACAAUUUAAAACCCAUCCAGUUCUUAUUUGUUGGGCUUAACAGUCAUGAGUAAAGUUCCGAAAGUAAUUCUCAGCGGACACACGUCUCCUUCCAUGUGCAGAACAUGUGCAGGGGUGGGUUUCCUCCUCUCUGAUUUUGAUUGACAGCUGGCAGGGUAGUCUGAUUGGCAACUGAGAAGUGAGUCUGAUUGGCAACUGAGUUAAGGACGAAGGUGAUUGGUGGAUCGCUGCACAGCACAUGCAGAGUCACAUGGAGUGUAUCUCAGUCGGUUACCCUUGAAAUUAACUGAGUUCAUUCACCUCCAAUAUCGCAGGCUCUGCGAUGUGACUAUCGCACACACGUACAUCGCGAUGACGAUGUUCAAACGAUAUAUCGUUCAGGCCUAAUCCAGACAUGACUCUGUAGUGGAAGUCCUGCGCAGGCUCUGAAUGAACAAUGCAGAGAGGGAACCAGGUCUAAACAUGAUCCAGAAACGCGUGUCCUGUGGUCUGACUCAUGAAAAUAUGGCGCCACAUCCUCCGCUCAGUGAACUGUCCUGAGGUCUGAUGGAUCUACAUGUAGCACUCUUUAAACGAAGAACUGGAAAUCAUAGAUGCUGCAUCCUCAGUUUGAAACAAUAUCUCCAGGUUUAGGAUCAACAUCUGCGUCCAUCCAGACAAGGACAUAGCUCUGUAGGAGAAGAGUCCAGGUCUGAUGCGGUCCUGACUCAUUUGAUCGGUUAUCUUUGCGCUAAAUAAAAUCGAGGGUCUGUUUGACUCUGAGUUUUCUCUCGGUGACAUAUUUACCAGAUGGUUGGAGAACUCGAUCUGACUUCUGCGGCAGUUUCAAGUGUCCCGCUUCACUAACGUAAUGUAAUAUGAUUUAAUCUGCUAAGUAGAGAGGUGGAGGUUCAGCGGCCUGUGAAGGAGACGCCUUAUCUCCUCGUCAAAACUGAAGUUGGAGGAGUUCUGUACGAGUCUAAUAAUUCCUGUCUCCUCCUGUACGUGCUGACUUAACAAGCAGGAGGAGGCUGAUCUCCUCUGUUCAUGUGUGUGGGAGGAGGAAAGGUAGACACAGAUGAGGUAAGGGUGUGGGGGAUGGUGAGGAAGGAUGAGGAGGAGGAGAGGGUGCAGGGGUCGAGAGGAGAGGAGAUGGGUCGCUCUGCUUUUGAAAGAGAAAGACUGUCAUGGAGGACGAGGUGGAGGGGGGAUGAUUGUCUGCUGAGACAAAGAAGACUUCUUUUUGGUGUGUGACCCUCUCUACCUCACACACACACACACACAGAGAAACACACACACUUAUAAAGCUACUCCACCCAAAUUCCUUGCGUCACCCUCCCGACCACACCGCCCCCUCCUCUUACCUCGCUCUCGCCAGCCUGGGUGGACUUUGACCAGUAUGGCCGCCACAUUCCUGCAGAAACAGGAGGCGGGGAGAAUCUGACUAAUCUGUUACAGUCAUGAUAUUUUAAUUCUGACCCGUUUCUGCUCCUUCGCUUUACUCGUGUCUUUAGUGAUGCAGUUUCUGAUGAGAGAGAGAGAGAGAUGGAGCCUCAUGAGCGUUUAGUCCGGUUCAGCGUGGUUAUUUGCGUGUCCAUCGUCUAAAGUUGAAAUGAAGCAGAGAUGCGAAUAAUUUACUAUUUUGAUGAAAGUGGUUCUGACUGGAUUACACUGUUAAACCGACACCAGCGCAGGUUCUCAGUUAUUGGUGAUAAAAAAUAUCUCGAUAAAGUUAUUAAAAUGAAACGACACAAUUGUGACGUCUGAUCGCUGAUGUUGUUUUUGGAUUCUCGGUUUAUCUCCGUUUUUAAAAGCGUCUCAUCUUCUCUCACCUGGAUCACCAGCAGCUGCUUCUUCUUCUUCAGGAAUUAAAAAACUCCACCAUGCAUGAAAAUCAAUAAUCGAUUUUUCAGUAUUUGACGGUUAUUUCAGUUUUUUUUUCCACAAAUUGAUUCCCAGCGGUCGGAUAUCUCAGAGUAAACCCAAACCUGGAGAAGAUCAUCAGAUUCAUCUUUGAGUUUAUUCCUAAUAUUAAAUAUUUUCACCCACAUCUGUUUAUGUUGUUGGAUACGGGUUUGACUUUGAGGAAGGUCGUUAAAAGUUUUUUUUUUUAAAUAACAGGAUUUAAAGAUGUAGAAACGAGGAAACACACACACACACACACACACACACACACACACACACACACACUCAGAGGGAAACCUUUUGUCUUGUUAAUUUGCAGGAAUCUUAACUAUCAGGAACUUAUUAACCCCCCGCUGUUUUCUCCUGUUUGCACCCUUCCUCCUCCUCCUCUCCUCCUCCUCCUCCUCCUCUCUUCACUCUCGUUUCUUUCUUUCUUGAAUUCGUCUCUUUUGUUUCAAUGUUUAUUCCCCCCAUCGUCUCUGUUUCCUCCUCUAAGUUUAAUUUUGGUUUUUGUCUCUAACGUCUCUCCUUCUGUCUCUCUUCUUCAGUUCGUAUCAAACCCGGGUCCACGUCUCCGGUCGAGUAUCAGAGCGACAGCGAUGCAGAGAGCGGCACAGAGUCUGGGUCCGCCUCCCUCAGCGCCCAGAGCAUCGACGCCGGGUGAGUUUGACCACCGAGAGAAAAAAAAGCUCUAUGAUCAGAUCGAACAAGUUUUCUUCUUUUCUUCUUCUACUUCUCGGUCACCUUCACCCUCUUCUUCUUUUUCAUUUUCAUUUCUUCUUCUUCUUUGUCUUAUUCUCUUUUCUUUUUCUUAUUUUUCGUUUUUUCUUAUUAUUCUUCUUUCUUUUCUUUUUCUUAUUUUUUGUCUUCUUUCUUUUUUUCUUAUUUUUUACUUUUUCUGAUUUUACUUCUUCACCCUCUUCUUUAUUUUUUAUUUCUUUUUCUUUUCUUCUUUUUCUUCUUUGUUUCUUCUUCUAAUUCAUUUCUUCUUUUUAUUCUUUCUUUUCUUUUACUUAUUCUUUCUAUUCUUUUUCUUCUUCACUCUCUUUUUUUAUUUCCUUUUUUUCUUUUUCUUGUUCUUUUUUCUCCUUCUUUCUUUUCUUCUUUUUAUUUCUUCUUUCUUUUCUUUUUCUUAUUCUUUUUUUACUGUUUCUUCUUUUAUCUUUUCACCUUUUUUUUAUUUCUUUUUCUUUUCUUUUUUUAUCUUCUCCUUUUUCAUUUCUUCUUCUUAUUAAUCUUUUUUUUUCUUCUUUUUCUUCUUUCUUUUCUUCUUCUUCUUUGGCUGACCUCUUGUCCCGCCCACAACACUCUCUGAUUGGCUCCUGUGAUCCUGUGUACGAUCUCACAUUAUAUUGAUCUUAAUUUUGGUCAUCAGUCUGAAAAAGUACCAUAAAAACUAAUCCUUUCGGACCCUGGAUAUCCAGUAUCAGCUGACCCCAUUAAUAUGUUUUUAUUUGGUGGGCGGGGCUUAGCUGGAGGCAGAACAGUCCUCCAGAAGUGUUCGCCUGAACUAGCUCCAUGUCGACGUUUACAGAUUUAAUGUCACCGCGAGUUUUGACAUGUUCGACGGUUCGGAGGUGGAUGUGGUCUGAGUCAGAGAUGGUUUCAGUCUGACGUGUUUCAGGAGGGCGGGGAAACCACGGAGCACGCCGGCGUUUUAAGUCAAGUCCAUUAUAGGAGUGGGCAGAGCCAGCGAGGGGGGACACUAAUGCAUAGCAGGGUUUCUGGGAAAUGCGGUCUUUGGAUCACCUCCCUCCCCUGCAGCCUCUUGACUAAUUACAUUACUGCAGCGCUGCCUCGACUGGACACUUAUAUAACCUUAUAUAACCCAGAACAGAGCCUGAACGCACCGGAGACGCCCCAGCAGGAGACAGGAGCCUGUCUGAGUGUGUGUGUGUGUGUGUGUGAGUGUGUGUGUGUGUGUGUGUGUGUGUGUGUGUGUGUGUGUGUGUGUGUGUGUGUGUGUGUGUGUGUGAGGGGUCAGCUGACACGUCAAUAAGGAGCUAAUUUCAGCCUCUCAGGUGAAAAUGUGGACAUCUGACAUGUGUGGACUUGUGCAGAGUACAAGUCGUACAAGUCCAAGUUUACAUACAAAGUUAGGGUUGCUGUGACACUGGAGGCUCGUGUGUGUGUGUGUGUGUGUGUGUGUGUGUGUGUGAGUGUGAAUGUGAGUAAGUGUGUGUGUGUGUGUUUGUAAGAGAGCUGCUGCCACACCCAGUGGGCGAGGCCGCAUGGCUGCAACUGACAGUCAGGGUGUGGAUGAGAUGGUUAGCUUAGCGCUGUUAUCUGCAGUGUGUGUGUGCAUGUGUGUGUGUGUGUGAUAUAUACAUGUGUGUAUGUGUGCAUUUAAGCAUGUGUGACAUUCAAAGAGAAAUAGUGUCUAAUACGAGUGUGUGUUUUUGUGAUAUUUUGUGCAGAAGAGGUUUGAUUGUGAGCUUCUGUUCAGUAAGUGUGUGUACGCUCCUCAGUCUGUGUGUGUUUAUGUGUGUGUUGCUGGGCAGGGCUGUCCCAGGACUGGGGUGUAAACAUUGUUUCGUAAUGCAGUUUGCCGUCACACCUCCCUGUAAAAGAGCCAACAGAGCAGCAGAGGGGCUUUAAAUGUCCGUUCAAAGUCCGUUCAACCAGGAGAAAGUGGAAAAAAAAACAGGAAAAGUUCAGGAGAAAAAUGUGUGAAAAACUCAAACAUGAAAGUUUAAAGUUGAUUUAAGAGGCAGAUGAAUAAAAUGUGAUUAUUAACUUGUAUAUUCUGGUUAAAAAUGUUAAAUUAACAGAAUAAAGAGUGAAAAGAGUGAAAGAUUACAAAAAGGAACAACAGAGAGAGAAGUGGUGGAGUUGUGCAGCUGUGUUGAGAAUAUAGUUGCUCUCUGACGCCCCCGUGUGGCCGGGAUUUGACUUUCACAUGUAAAAGAAUGAACUGAUCUCCUCUCGUCCUCCUCACAGGUCGGUUAUGGACUUGGAGCCCGUCGAUCCGGACUCACCGGACAUCAAGAGGAGGCGGAUCCACAUGUGCGACUAUGAAGGCUGUAAAAAAGUUUACACCAAGAGCUCCCACCUCAAAGCCCACAGGAGGAUACACACAGGUGAGACGGACAACGAGGGCGGAAAAACUCCAGGAAACUUUCACAGGAAUAAAUCUGAAGUGUACAAAACUGAAGGUCGGCCCUCAACAGGAACUUAAAUAUAGUUGGUGAAAAUAUCUUGUAGCUUAAUCUUGACUAAAACAACCAGAUUUAAUUCAAGUCCACGCCUCCAUCACAAGACAUUUGAGCCCACCGACUAAAGAGAGUCAAGUGAGUUUUGAUAAUAUUAUGGGUAAAUAUAUUUGAUCUAUAAUAGUAUUAAUAUUUAACUAGAAAAAGUGCUAAAUGUUCGUUUUUUUCAUUUCAUUGACCAUUUAAGGGUCUAACUUAUUAAAAUAACUUUUUUUAUUUUUUACUGCUAAAUUGCCACAACAACUUCAUACAAUAGGACACAGCAGGUAACAAGUAGUGCAUUAAACCCACAGUAUCCUCUAAUUGCAGCGGUUUGCGAGGGAACAGUUCAUGUUCAGUGUGAAUUCAGUGAACGAAUCACUCACUGAGCCCAGUUUACUGAGCAGACCUGAUAAAUAUCAGACCAUAGAACACUUAAAACAUCAUGACUUAUAAACAAGUUCAUUUUUUCAAACCUGUUUUAGUAACACAGACAAACACUCUCGUCUCCUGGUCCCAGGAACUCUGAUCUGAACUGAAUCCUGAACCGUUCAGCUGUGAAUCAGUUCAGGAGGUCGGAGUCACAGGCUCCUCCCACCACUGCACUAAAUGAUUCGGUGAUUCGGUGAACGAAUCUUUUGAACAAAUCUUUUUAGUGAACUGAUUCUAGUGAUUCAGUACAUCUAAAAGAACAGCCGUGCCCAUCACUGCCUCCAUCUCUGUGUGAAGAUGGAGUGGAGAGUCUCUAAAUAUUGAUCGACAAAAACUCAUUUUAUUCCAAUAAUCAUCUUUGGCAAAAACACUAAGAGGUCAAAUAUUUUAAUUGUUUUCACGUAGUCGACAUUUCCUCCUAAAGUGUAUCCUUGCUUUCCUCUCUCCUAACUCUCAUCCUCGUCUCCUCCCUCCUCCAGGGGAGAAACCCUACCACUGUACCUGGGAGGGCUGCACUUGGCGCUUCGCCCGCUCCGACGAGCUGACCCGACACUUCCGUAAGCACACGGGGAUCAAACCUUUCCGCUGCACUGAGUGCGACCGCUCCUUCUCCCGGUCCGACCACCUCUCCCUGCACCGCCGCCGCCACGUCAUGAUGUGAACUGUGACCCCCCCACACCCAAACCUCCUACAACCCCGACCCCCCCCCCUUCACAGCACAUCUUGUACCAGAGACCCCCGUCCUGAAUCGACCUCUGCUCCAUGUCCGGAUUUAAAGCCUCGCCGUCUGCAGGUGAAAAAGACACGCUGCACCUCCUCCUCCUCCUCCGACGACUCCUCUUCGUUUGGAAAUAUCCGGAGUGUGUCUUUAAGUUUGUGUGAGCGAGAACAGUCGGGGGAUUUUUCUGUGUGUGUUUCAACACAUGAUCAUCAUCACCGUCCACCCAGCCUAUUACAAAGUCCUCUCUACAAUCCCCCAACUGGACCUCACCUAUCACACACGACUCCAGGACGAGGAGACGAGACGAGGAAAAGGAAGAGGAGUGGACGGAAGGAGGAGAGAUGUGUGUGUGUGAGUGUGUGUGAAAGUGUGUUUGUGUGUGUGUGUGUGAUCUGAACAUUUAAGACAUCUGAAAAGGAAACAUUAAGUCUGACGUCGCUUCAGCUGCUCGUUUCUGUUUGACAGUUUAAGAGUUAAAAAGUUUAAUCUUCAAAAAAAAAAAAGUUCCUUUCCUGGAAACAAAAAUUUUAAAAGAACAAUUUUAAGAAUUCAGGAUUUAUUAUUUUUAUUUAUUUCAAUAUCAUGCCUCCCUAUGAAAUUACAGAUCUUUACAAAGUUUCUUGAAUCAAAAUUUUCUUCGUACAGGAAUAACGUCUGAUGGCCUCAUUUUGUCGUAAACCAAACCCUUUGUCCAGAAGGGUUCAUAUAAAAUAUUGACUUAAGUUAAAAACACUCGCUCAGUUUGGAGUUUUUGCCGUUAGCUGACGGCCCGUAAAAUAAACCUUUAUUCUGCUCGUCGCUGUUUUUACAAACCUGUCCAACCUGAACCUGACGUCUCUUCAUCACGUCCACAGUAAGCAUGAACACAGGUUCUGAUAAAAGGUUCCUGAAGUUCUGAUCCAAAAACUUAGAAUCAAACCCGUAAAUUUAAAGAUUUCUAAAAACUAUAAAUCUAUUUGGACCGACAGUUUCCAGAGAACGCAACAACAUCUAGAAAAAAAAAACGUUUAGAUCUGAAAACAUCUCUUCGCAGGAUUUGGAUGUUAUUAAAGUUAGUGGUGAUGAACAGACUCUGUUCCCUCAGCAGCUGCAGCGACGUCAGACUGAUAUUUCCUUUUCCUGUCAGAGGCUUUGAUCAAAAACUCGAUUUCUCUCGUCCUCCUGCGGCCCCUCACAGACCCCCUCUCUCCCUCCUCCUGGUACACGGAGCUACAAGACUGUGAACUUUCUACAGAUUCGUUUGUUUUCAGUGUAUCAAUCACGUUCUUGUCCCCCUCUCCUCCUGCACACACCUCCUCUCCCGAUUCUUCUUUAAUAACAGUAUUUGCUUUUAAUGCGUUCAUGUUGUUGUCGUUGUUGAUGUUGUUUUACAAAGUAAGGCCUUUGGCGCUCUUAACAGAACGGCGUUGUUGUUUUUUUGUUCAUUUGCUUUCGUUGUGUUUUAAGGCUGUGAAUAAGACGGAGGACACACACACACACGUGGUUUUGAGAUUAGGAGUCGAACUCUCUCUCUCGCAGGGACAAGGGGAGCUUUUACGAGUGUUUUUUUGAGUGUGUUGUUCGUGUGAGUGUAUGUGGGUGAGUGUGCAUGUUUUGAAACAAACGCAUAAUCAGAAUUUCAGAUUUUUACGAGUGUGUGUUCCGGGCACUUGUUGUUCUUUUACCUCUUGCCCGUUGAGCCUUAAUAACUGAAGUCAAUCUGUAAAGGGCGAAACCAGAAUCACCGACAGACGAUGUUCGGUCACGGAUCCAAUCUGGCUCUGGAUUUAAUCAAUCCAUCAAGUAUUCAGAGUUUUUUUUAAAGUGACCCACCUGAGCAGGUCGAAAGCUGAUUGGACGAUUGAUGAAGAAAACCAGAUUAUCAGAUAUUGAUCCUAAUUGUCUGAAGUUUCAGCAGCUUCACGCUCGUUUGUUUACACCACAGUUUUUACUUUCAGAGAGUGAAGCACGAACACCUCCUUACGCUGGUGUAAAAUCUGCAUCCGUCUGCUGAAAUAAGAGCCAAGAUGGCUGCAGCUGGAGGCCGCGGUGACCGGACCGUCUGUCUGUGAUUCUGGGAGAAAACCAGGCACUGUGUCGGGCUGUCAGGGUCCCGAAGCGCCUGUAGUAAAAACACGGGGAAACUAAGCGCUCUCCUCACUAGCAUUUCUGCCGGAGCAGGGGGUCAAUUCUCCAACUGAGACCAUCUUCUGUUCCUCACUAUUAAAACCCCAGAGUGAAAAUUAAAACUACAUCUUAUUUUGACUUUAAAGGAGACCUAUGAGACUGUGGACCUGUCAUUAGACCGGUCUGAGACACCUGGAGAGUCACAGCUCAAAAAAACUUCAGGGUGUUUCUUUUUACACAGUUUUAAUACAAAUCUGUAAAAACUAACACGACUGAGGAUGGCUAUUAGCACCCACAUUAGCCCCCUAAUGUUAAUGUCGCUACCUGAUCCGUCCUGGAAACCGAUUUGUACUGUGCAUGUGUGAAACGUACGUCACUUCCUCUACUAGCCGUCUUUGCGACAGCUUCGACAUCAGCGAGCUCGCUUCAGUCAGAGGAUGCUCCAGUUCAUCACAACCACACGCUUUUCUUUUCUCCUGAACAGAGUUCUUCCCCCGACUGAAGCAGAGCGCCUGAAAGUCAAGAGAAUGUCGCCCAGUUUUACCAUUAAAGGUUCCUGCUCCAGUUAAAUUGUAAAAUUCUAACGUAGUUCUAAAAAGCUUGAAUGAAUUUAAAUAUUUCAGUGUUGAAACAGAAACGCUGUAUAAAAACGCUGAAAUUCAUCGUCCAUAAUGUGUCGGCUUCUUGUUAAUAGAUUAAAUUUAUAAAAUAAAUGAAAUAAAUCCCCCAUUAAUUCUUAGAAAAGUCAGAGAACUAUAAUUUUGACCUGGUGGUGGCGCUCUCUGUGGCCCAAAAGGUCUCAGCGUUCUGGGCAGGAGCUCCGGCGAACGCCUCGGUAUUAACUCUGGACCUUAACCUCCUCCUAGCUAGCCUGUCACAUCGCCGGCUUGUUUCUGAAUCGAUCGGUAGUUUAAAUAAAGUUUUUAAGGUGAAGUAAAUUUGCACUUGCGCAAAAAAAACCCAUCCCAGCAUCAUUUGUUGUCACAAUAACAACAAAUGAGAAACAAACAGAAUUAUUAACUUGACCAAAAAAAGGAUUAGGCGGAAGCACAAUGCUUAUAGUUGCCUAUCCUUUACAAUCCUUAUAACAUCAUUUUAAUAUUUAAAACAGUUGAUAAUGUUGAAAUAAGAUAAAAAAAGAAAGACACUUUAAUAUUAAAAAGAAAACAUUAAAAUAAUAUCGAAGGCGAAGGCAGGGGACAUCCUGGACAAGACGCUAGUUCAUCUCAGGGCUGACGUACAGAGACGAACAACCAUCCACGCUCACAUUCACACCUACGGGCGAUUUGAAAGUGGCCAUUUAACCUAACCGCACUUAGACAUGUUUCUGGGAUGUGGGAGGAAACCGGAGUACCCGCCGCCGCCGCCGUGUAGGUCAUGACUCACUGCUGUAAAAUACACUGAAAUGCCAAGAGAGGAAGUGACGUACUUUUCGCAAAUGCACAGUACAAAUCGGGUUUCCGGGACGGAUCGGGUAGCGACAGUUAAGUUAGCUUUUGUGACACCAUCCUCUGUUCUAAUGUUACUUACAGGUCGAGGUUUUGACCCCCAAACUUUCCAAAGUCUGAUUUUUAAAAAUAAACAAACCAAAAGCAGAACCUGACAUCAGGUUCAGACCAAGUCUCUCGUAAACAGGUGAUGAAAUUAUCUCCUGUUGUGAAGCUUUGCCGAGGUUUAGCACGGACCUCCGACGCCGUAACAUGACUUGCAUGUAUCAUAACGCCGAUCAGCGAAGUGGGUCUCCUUUAAGUCGUACUGAACAAAUCUAAUCUGCACACGUAGAUCCAGUUGGAGCAGAAUUGAACCCCUGACCCUGCCCUUUGACCCAUGGCGUCCAUGUCUUAAGUGGGCUGUUUUUCAGCCCCUGUUCUGGACUGAACUUUAUUAUGCAACAUAAAACGCAGACCUCGCUCCGAGCGCUGUUCUGGACUGUGUAGUAGAGCACUAGCUGAUAGUUUGUCGUAUAACAAGAACCUUUAAAAGGGAGGUCAGGACGCGUCGGAGUCUGUUGGAAAAAAGUCGCCGAUCAUGUGAUCAACGCAGCACGCUCCACCGUCCUAAUGCGACCCUUCACAAACAGAAAGCAGCACACGUUCGCUUUUCCGUUCAGCCGCUGUUGCUGUUGUCAUUUCAAACGCUAGUAAGCGAGAGCAAAACGUCGAAGACCUGAAUUUUCACGAAACAGGACGAACACUGAGGUGGACGCGCAGGCUUCCAGUGAACAGAGCGGAGUGUUUGAUCCGCACGACGCGAAAAGAAAUAUCCGUCUGAACGAGUGAACGUCGCAUUUCCAAUAAUCUUGUUUAGCGAAAUCAAAGUCAGAUGUUUAGUUUGACGUUUUCGGCUAAAAUCAAGAAUCUAAACUCGAUUCGUUGAUUUGUUCGGACAGAUUUUUCUCCUUUUUCGGCGCGCAGAUCGACCCAAUGUUCCCAUUUCUCCUAACACCCCCGUCUGCUUCAACUAAAAAAAAAAACAUCGUUACUAAGCACAUCUUUCUAGAAAAGUAUAUGCAUUUGAUUGCAAUUUUCUUUCUUUUGUAAACUGUUGAUAAAGACAUUAAGGAAAAUGACAAAUAAUUAAGAUAAAUCCAUGUACAUAAAUGUAUAUAAUCAAAAAGUGCAGAGUAAAUGUAACGGGUGAAUUUCUAUUUUUAACACUGACUAGAAAAUGUGAAAAAAUCUGUUUUUUCUUCUUCUUCUGUUGGUUUGAUGACAUGUGUUUCAUCAUGUGUUGUUUUCGUUUUUUUUUUUUAAAUUUCAGAUCUAAUACAUUUGUUUCGUAGUUUCUAAAACAAAAAAAGUUGGUCCCACUUGUGUUGUGCACACUUGUUGCAUGGAGCGUAGCCUUCUUGUUUUCUUAUAGUGACGUUGGUGAGCAUGUCAUGUCCAUGUGUGAGACUGUGGGUGUCCCUUUACGACGACGACCCCAGAAAAUAACAAAAAAAACCCACGUUGAGAAUUAGUGAUUAGGAAUCCAUAUCACCAAAAAAAAAGAUCCAACAGUGAGUGAAAUGUGACAUGGAGCUGGUUCGAGUCAGGAGACAGUUUAAUCUUUCAGUUUCAGCUGUGUUGAGAACAUUUCAGGUCAGACGGGGCUAAAAGUUUAGAAAAGUUUUUGAAUAUUUUUGGAUGUUCGGGGCGGUUUUAUACUCUUCAGACUCACAUCAGGCCAGUUAUGAUCAAAAAUAGCGUAACUUUUGCUUGUUGCAGUGAAUCGCUUAAGUAAUCGCUUAAGAUUAUCGCACAGCAGCAGGGGCGUGUCCGGACUUUCCGACAAGAGUGGCCCAGCUCAGGCACCGCUCUGCAAAAACUCAAAAAUCAGCACAUUUUUGGUUUUAUUUUCAAGUCUUAUUAGAAUAAUUUACACCAGCAAGCACAGAGAAAUGUCUCAUUUCAAGAUAUUACACCAAAAAUAAGAUUGUUGAAUCAUGGCGUUUUCUUAUUCCAAGAUACUUGAAAAGUUUUUUCUUUAUUUUUUCAAUUAUUUCAUAUAUUUUGCAUAUAAUAUUGUAAAAUCAGACAUUUUUGUUGGACAAUUUAAGCCUUUAAAAAGACCCAAAAAAGUGGAAGAAGUGGCACAUUGCAAAAACUAAUUAUGUCUUUUUGUUGAUAUGAGCUAUAUUCACAUAAAGAAUUCAGGUAAAUGUGUUAUUUUGAGAUAUUACAAGCCUGAAAGAGGACCUGGAUUUGUUUUUAUGGUUAAAAAUAUAUUUUUGAGAUGAGAGAAAGUUACUCAUCAAGUUUCUACACAUAGGAAUGAUGGUUGAACCCAGGGUGGCCAAUCCUACGGGGGCACAUGCCACCCCGACUCACCCUACUGGACACGCUCCUGCAUAGUUGAAGGCCUAAAGGUGAUUUUUUUUCGAAUGCUAAUAAAUUAACUUACUUGACGACUAAAACCCAUUAUUACGCACCGUCUGGUGAGACAAUGGCUGAAAUAGUAAAUCCACUGCUGCAGCACAUACCUGUUUAUCUCAGACUCUGAAGCAGAAACCAUAUUUCAGGUAUUUUGAAGUUUAUUUUGCAUGAUAUAUUUUUGGUGUUCUUGGACAGUUAUAAUUUGAAAUGACAGUUUUGGCUUUUCUCAUUUCAAGGUUCAAAAAUGCAAUUUUAAGCUCGUUUUUUUUUAGUUUAAUAUCUGUGGAUAACCCAUCGUAUUCAGGCGUUUGUUUUUGUGAAGACUUAUCUGAUAUCAAACGACAGUCAAGACUCUUUAGACUGCAUCAGAAAGCUCAGAGAGAAGCUACAUCUAUAGAAACCCUCCUCUGAAUGUCUUUAAUCAAACAGAUAAGAUGACCACGUCUGUGAGUUUAUCCCUUUGAGCCGCUCUGAGGUCCAUUAUAGCAGCAGAGCCCAUCAUUAAAACACAUUGAACCUCGAUCUCAGAGCCUGAUGACGAUGACUCAGAUGAAGUCUCACCGCUGGUGUUGGAGUUCCUCUGCAGGGAGACCGAUGCAUGUGUUUGUGUUUUUUCCUGCCUCCUGUUGGUUUUUGCAGUCUGUGCGGCUUGUUUUCCUUCGGUAUUCUUCUAGAUCUUCUGUUCUUGGCGAAAGCAGGAAUGUUCAUGUGUGAACGGGCAGUGAAACUUGUCGAGUUUGAUCCCCUGUGAGAUCUUUUUGGGGUAGAGUUCGUGUCUGAAGGGGGCGACACUGAGCGUGCCCGUCUGUGCCUCGACUCACCGCCGCUCACUUCCUCUGAAAACCACAAAGUUUAGGUAUUUUCUAUUGAAUGCAGUAACUUAUGGGCCAGUACUAUAUUUACUCAGUGCAAUGCAGUUAUCAUUAUAAUAAUACAAUUAUUAAUAAUAUUUUGUUUCUUUUUUUGUAUUUGUACAGAACAAAUGUGUAAAGAUCAGUGAGGAAACCGUGAGCUUUUUGAUACUGUGACCCAUGGUGUUUAAAAGUCAGUUUCUCCCUGUACAGUUGUGAUUAUUUCCCCGUUCCUCCCUUCUUCUUUUGUAGAAUAAAAAUGUUUUUGGUGCAAUUUAAUCCCUGA